CGGCUGUCAGUCUGUCGCCGUACAUGUUGCCUGCCUGCUGAGGGCAGCGCUGUGAGUAGUUGCUGGGAGCUGUCCUGACAUCCCAUGUCUGAUCGCGGCGGCUCCGGACCCAGCUCGCCCCGCUAGCCCCAGCUCUGCCACAGCUAGCCCAGCUCUGCCCCGCUCUAUGGCUUACUCCAUGCACGGCUACCAGCUCCCGGCCCGGGCUACCGUCACACCGCCCGCCAUCUCCUCCAUCUCCUCCAUGUCCGCCGCCCGGCUCCCCGCGCUGGGAUGGCUGCUGGUAACUUUCUGGGUGCAGGUAAGUCACCCCGGGAUCUGACACCACCUGCACUCACCAUCACUCUCAGCCAUACCAUCACUCUCAGCCAUACCAUCACUCCCAGCCUGCAACACCAUCACUCCCAGCCUGCAACCCUCAGCCAUACCAUCACUCCCAGCCUGCAACACCAUCACUCCCAGCCUGCAACCCUCAGCCAUACCAUCACUCUCAGCCUGCAACACCAUCACUCUCAGCCACAUCACCCUCAGCCAUACCAUCACUCCCAGCCUGCAACCCUCAGCCAUACCAUCACUCCCAGCCUGCAACACCAUCACUCUCAGCCUGCAACACCAUCACUCUCAGCCACAUCACCCUCAGCCAUACCAUCACUCCCAGCCUGCAACACCAUCACUCCCAGCCACACCAUCACUCCCAGCCACACCAUCACUCCCAGCCUGCAAACCUGAGCCACCUCCUCACUCUCAGCCUGCACCCCCUCAGCCAUAUCAUCACCCUCACCAUCAAUCCCAGCCUGCCCUCAGCCACAUCAUUACUCUCAGGCAUAUCAUCACUCUCAGCCUGCACCCCUCACCUCAUCAUCACUCACCCAUAUCACCCCCAGCCUGCACCCAGCACACUCAGGCUGCCUCCCCGAGCUGUGCAUGCAGCACCCCUAACAGUAUGGGGGUCCCCGGACUCCCCCAAAGCAGACCGACCUACCGUGAAUCUGAUUAUAUAACCUAAGCUCUCAUUCUGGCUUUAUCCCCCCCCAUAAUAUAUACCUGUAUAAUGAUAUUAAAUGGGAAUUAUACUACUAAUAAUAAUCUGUAUAGAGCCAUUCCACCUCUCUAUCCAUGCAUGGUGCAUUGUCUGCAUAUUGUGCGUGCCUCUGUAUAGCGGCCCCCCCCCAGCCUUGGGAAGCACACCCAGGGGGAGGCAGGGGAUGGGAGCUGCACCCAAUAGCUGGGAAUGGGGGUCUUGUUUGUUAAAUGGGGGGCCAGCAAUGCAUGUGCUGGGUGGUCCUUUCUCUGGCAAUGGGGGGCAGCAAUGCAUGGGCUGGGUGGUCCUUUCUCUGGCAAUGGGGGGCAGCAAUGAUUGGGGGGGAAGCAAUGCAUGGGCUGGGGAGGCUUGGUAAUGGUGGUGCAGCAAUGUAUGCACUUGGGGGGACCCUGUCUCUGUGAAUUGGGGAGUAAGCAAUGCAUAGGCUGGGGAUACUUGGUAUGGAGGUAAGCAAUGCAUGGGCUUGGGGCUCCUGUCUCUGGGAAGGGUUGGGGGGGUGGGCAGCAUUGUAUGAUGGUGGGGGGUCAUUAAUGCAUUCACUGGGGGUCCUGGGUAUGCAGGGGCAGCAAUGCAUGGGUGGAGUUUGUCUCUAUGGGUAUGGGGGAAGCAAUGUACGGGCUUUGGGUCCUCUCUCUGAGUAUAGGGUGCAGCAAUGCAUUGGCCGGGAGUCCUGUCUGUGGGCAGCAAUGUAUAGGCAUAAGAGGUGUUGAUUUUCCUGUCCCCCAGGCCUCCCAAUCUCUGUUUAUGGGAGAUGUUUGAUUUUUCUGUACCCCGUUCCCCCCCCAGUCAUGCCUACCGUUUGAUGUGCUAUUUUUAGGUAUCCCAUUCCACGGGUUAUUUCGAGCUGCAGCUCAAGUCGCUGAAGAAUGUGAACGGCGAACUGGCGAGUGGGGAUUGUUGCGACGACCUGAAGAGCGCCUACAACCAGGAUUGCAGCAAGGACCAGUGUGACACCUACCUGAGGGUCUGCCUCAAGGAGUUCCAGGCCAAGAUCACCCAAACGGGUCCCUGCAACUACGGCUCCGGAUCUACCUCGGUGCUCGGUGGGAAUACUUUUUAUUUGAACAACAAAUAUAACAAUAAUUACCCGGGAAAAACCAGCCCUGGCGACAGUGGCCGGAUCAUCAUCCCUUUCCAGUUUGCCUGGCCGGUAGGUCUCGCUCUAUUAUAAAGUACAUUAUUGAAUUUUAUUAUAUUUAUUAGAUCGCCUGUGUUUUAUGCCGUCACACCUUUUCUGAUCUCCCAUCAUCUUUACAUUCUGUGUUAUUGGGAGCCCCUGGGAUGGGGAUUUAAUAUUCCCUCUUGUAUUUGUCCCUGAGCUGCUGAUUUAUGAUUUAACCCCCUCCUGUUAUUUCAUUGCCAGAGAUAUACUACAUGCAUGGGGGUUAGGCACCCCAAAGGUUAAUUAAGGCUGCGCUACCACUUGCUGUAUUUUGUCGAAUUGUCACUUUAAUGACAGAGGUAUUCUUGAAAGCCAAGUUUGAUAAUGUAUGUUUAAAAAAAAAAAAAAAAACAGAAUUAAUGGAGCUUUGUUUGGUACAAUAUCAUGCAGCCUGUGUUUUGCAAUCUCCUUGUUUGAAUUAUUAAGUGGGUUUUCCAGUUUGGUUUUCUUGCUGUGUAUAGAUUAUAAAUUAGCAGUUGGGUUAAACUGCCUUGCAGCCAGCAUUGUCUUGCUUAGGAAGGUGUAUAUUAUUUACCUGACUUUGCGUGGUUACCAGCACCUGAGCGUCUCCUUGUAACCGUGGUUUGCAGAUUACAAUUUGUAAAGGGUGCAGCUCUGAAUGGCUAUAGUGACACUGCCUAAGAUUACUACCCUGUGACACCUGCCUUGCCUCUUACACUGAAUUAUUAUUUAUUUUUUUUAAUGCAAAUAAAAAUAAUUCAAUUCUGUUUUUACAAAUAAGUAAUGUUUGCUGUUGUAAGCGAUUUUGGUGGAGCAUUUGCAAAGUUCUUAAGGCACUCUAAAAAAAAAAAAUCUUUUAAUAAAUAGUAUGUUGAAAUAGUAAGUAUUAUAUUUUUUUUUUUUAUUAUUUUUUAAAUUUUUGCUGCAAAAUGAUUUUUAAGGAAUUAAUGUUGUUGUAUAACAAUCUUGUUUUUUUUUUUUUUUGCAAAAUGAUGUGUUUUUUUUCAUGUUGGCAAUAUGUACACAGAUGCAAGGCCAUGUUUGUGUAGUAGAUCUAGUAGACUGAUAUUUAGGCUCGGAUGACGUUUUUAAAUGUGGCGUCUGGAAUUACCUGGGGACCAUGACUGCUGUUUGAUGAGUACAGGUGGUAGACAGCCAGUGCUUUGGGAAUGGGGGCUGGCUCAGUGUUUGUCUCCUCUGGGGACUGCCUUGAAAUAUUGAGGGUGUGUUGCACAGUUGGCUUUGAGCCAAGGUGUGUGUGUGUGUGUGUGUGUAUGUGUGUGUUGCUUUAAUAAUUUUAUUUUUGUGGUGGUGGGGGGGGUUCUGCCCACAAACUUACUAGUGCAUAUGUGAACGCUGUGGUCUAAUAUCUCUGUUUGGUAUUAAAGUCUACUGCAUGGGUGGGACGUGAUUAACUAUCUGUGUCUCAGUGAGCAUAUCCCCAAUAUGGUUAAAUUCUUGGCACACUUUUCAGUUUAAGUUGUGCUUCUAACUUUCUAUUGUGGAAAUCAAGAAGUCAAAUAUUUGUUGAUUUAUGCAGUUUGCUAUAAUAGAUUCUGAGGCUACCCGAUUUUAUAUAAGAAACUCUGAAGUUCUGCACUAAGCAAAGCUGCCGAAUAAUUGGCUCACAUUGAUAAAUUGGGGGUUUUCUACAAUAUUAUGAAUUUUGUGUGUCCGAAUCGGUUUAUUCCCAAAAUGCUAAAUUGCAGUGCAUAGAAAACCGAAUUACAAAAUAUAGAAUAACCAGCUAAACUGUGCUAUAAGCGUUGGAUAAUGUACAAAUGUCCUGCUAUUAACUAUAUAUUUUUAAAUUUGCUGUAUUUUGGUGUUCCAAUAAAUCCCUCUAUAUCAUUCUGGAACUGUAAACUUUAUUUUUAUGUGUUUAUAAUUUAAAGGAACAGUAUAAUCUUUGUACAAACGUCAUUUUAGCAUGUACUUCCAUGAUACGCUUUGCUUUUUUGUUGAUUGUUGUAUAAACCAUAACUUGACUGGUUUACUAUCUCAUUUUUAUCAAAUUCUUUGCAUUUUGUACUGUUUCCCUUCGGUAUAUGUAUGCAUAUCCUAUGCCGUUCUUAAAAUAGUCUAUACGACAUUUUACAGCAUUUUAUUUACUAUUUUAUUCAUAAAUGUAUGUAGCAGAAAACUGUACAUGACAUUCCAUUCCAUUCCAUUCCAUGUGGUCAUUUUCCCCAUUACCGUACGUAGAAUCGGCGGGUCUCCUGUUCUCCUCUGACUGUUAGAAACCCUAUCCUAGUGUGAGUCUGAGGCAUGUCAGUAGUACUGGCUCUGUGUGAGAUUAAAGUGUAUUAAACAUGAGGUUUCACCAAUGGCUCAUGUAACAAAUCUCUCCCCUUCCCCCAAUCUCUUAUGGCCCGGCACACACCCCUUCCUCUUUGACUGAGACAGGUGUACUGUACUUCAGAUCACAUGCAGCAAGUAUCAUUGAUCUCCCCCUGCAUUACAAAAAUUCAGUCAUCUAAAUUUACUCCUCAAGUGUUGAUGAAAUGCCUUCAUUUCGUGUAACGUUUAAUCUUAUGCUUCACAUACGGGUUCACAUUGGAUUAAACUUUUUAUUCUAAAAACCUAAUUUAUUUUAUUUUUUUAAUUUUUUAUGAGAAAUGCAUGGUCACUAUGUGUCUGCUGCUGCUGCAGGGCCUGUUUUAAUUUUGUGCAGACUAUUUCUCGAAUGUAUUGCAAUAUUUAUAGAUGUUUAUUUUUAAGAACAGUGUGAAGUGUGCAGAGAAUUCGGUAUUCUCAUUAUAGAUCAUGAGUCAUGAAGGUGUGCUUUGGAUUAUAGUCCUUGGGACCCAGUGGAUAAUAACAUCCCUAUUGGAACAUUGUCAUAUUUUGGAAGACUGCACUACGCCUACGUUACCAAAAAUGAAUAAAUGAGAUGUAGCACUUAUAACUGAUCCCAUAAUUCCUAUUCUUUAAAUACUGUUCAGCCUUUUCCUGAGAAUUGCUUAUCAAAACACUAAACGCAAGGUUUCUGUUUUGUGUGUGUAUGUAUAUGUGUGUGUGUAUAUGUGUGUAUAUGUAUAUGUGUGUGUGUGUAUGUGUGUAUGUAUGUAUGUAUGUAUGUAUGUAUGUAUGUAUAUAUAUAUAUAUAUAUAUAUAUAUAUAUAUAUAUAUAUAUAUAUAUAGUGAGAGUGGACUAUAAUAACACUGUCUAAGCAUUAAAUCUUUAUUGUGAGUUUCUCAUUUUGUUUAACCCCUUGCACAACAAUGACUGUACCAUAUAUGAUUGUAGGUUGUGUGUGGGUGUUUUUUGUUUGGUUAAUUGGACACUUUUAAUAUUGUGUUUCUGUUCAGUAAGCACACUGGAAAGGGGCUGCAGGUUUUCAAUUGAUUAAUCUAAUAAAAUGGUUUGGAUCUUGGUGAUCAGAGACUUGAAUGAUAUAUGAUUCAAUGCAAUUAUACUAAACAUGAGAGCUACAUCUGGGAAACUAUAGAUUAGCUGCCAGUCACCCUUGGAAUAUACUGUAUUUGUCCUAUUUAAUCUCAAAGUGCAGCCUACAUUAGGCCUUAACUCUAUGCAUGCCUUAACAUACACGGGAUCUAUUGACUCCUUGUUAAAUGUAAUUAAUCCAAGGGGAAUGUGUGCUCUAGUUGUAGAAUUACUUUGGAAAACUAAGGUUUCCUAUGAUCAUUACUGUUGUAAGGUGGGAGGGGGGAGAAUGAUUGUAUGGAUUCUCCCCCCCCCCAUAUCUGGGCACUUCCAGCUGCAGAACGGUUACAUUUAAAAGCAUGAAAAUGCAGGGCGGUAUGGAUGAUUUUACUGUAGGGUGAGAGCCAUAGGGGAAGCUUCAGAAGCAUGUGUUCUGCCCCUAGGUAACAGAUUGAUUUAUAGGCUGACGUUCCAUGAGUGCAGGAGAGCAAAGGGUUUUCUUCAGAAUACUAUAUCUGUAUUGUGACCAAGUUGAAUGCUUGGAAUAUUCUCUGUGUGUGUGUGUGUGUGUGUGUGCCUUCUCUAUAUUUCACUAUGGGGAGGGGGUGUUUUUGAUAUAUUAUUUAUUUUGUAUUUAUAAAGUAUGUGAAUGCUUAAUGUUAUGCAAAUGUUACAAUUAGUUGUGACUGAAGUCUUCACCAUUUUUCUAUAGUUUGUCGAGGACGGUAAUUAGUGGAAUGUGUUUCUUCUGCGGUUUGUGAUAAAAAUGACCUCUAUUAAAGCUCCACUUUUAACCACUGGAUUGGGGUCCAAAACUAGUUAUCCAUGCCAUUGUAAUGCUUCCAAUAACUGGGAAGAGGCUUCCUAUUAAUCAGUAAUCAGGUAACUGUCCUCAACCAUUCCACAGGUGCACUGCCUCUUAGCAUACCCUUCAACAUUGGGAGGUGUGAGAUCAGAAGCGGGGUGCAAGACUGUGACACCACUUGUGUUACCUGCGCUCAAAAGGGGUGAUCCAGAUUAGAAUGGAGGCAGAUGGCCCAAACGAGUUGACAACCUGUAUACAUGUACACCAGACUGGUGACAGCCUAACUGGCCCACCACACACAGGUCAUCAUAUGCACAGAUUGCUUUUAAAACUUUUUUUUUUUUUUUUUUUUUGUCUUCAGAUGAUCUUUGUUACAGGGGUUUUCAGCAUAGCUCAAAUCUGUCGGAGGUGCUUAUACAGUGCUAUCUGGGGACAGGUUCUUGAGACGGUCUAGUAGGAGUCCAAAACUAGAACAGCCUUAUUAAACACAGGGCAGUUAGGAGCUAUAUGUAUGAAAUAGACUACUAUUCUUUGAGACGAGUUUAAUUGAUGGUCUUUUGCAGAAUUUCUUUUGUACCACUUAACGUUGUAAGAAUUGCUCAUGAGUUAACUCUUUAAUUUAAACAAGUUAAGAAUCAAUUAUGCCUUGGCACUAAAAAACGCUGACCUGUAGUUUACAUUUGAAUUAAGGAAUAGUCAUUACUGCCAUAUUCACACCAGCACUUUCCCAGAAUAAUCAGUUUGCUCAUGACAUCACUAAUCUAACAGGCAAAAUUAAUUACAGUAAUUCUCAGAACAUAAUGGAGGACAAUUCAGAUAAUUCACCACAUCAAAAGUCACUGUAGUAGCCUUCCUGUGGGUUAACGGGAAGUUUGCAGCCUUUCGUAGUGGUUAUGGUGCCAGUAGGGUAUGGGCACUCUCCCUAGGUCGGGGCUGAACAACCUUCAGAUAAUGGGAGGUGUACUCUUCAACACACGGAUUGUGGAGGAUUACCGCUGCCAUAGGUUCUGUGUCACAUUAUCUUUAUAGUAGUUUAAGGAAAAAAUUCACUAUUUCAUGAUUUGUGCAUGCACCAUAACCACCGCAAGCACUAAAAUCAUAACACUGACUGACUCCUUUAUAAUAGAGGGCACUCCUGGAACCAUAACUACUAUAGUGUUUAUGGUGCUUGGAGUGUUCUGUUUAAAUGUACAUCAUUGUACUUUUUAAACACAAUCUCUUGUAAUUAAAGGGUUACAUCAAAUCAGUGAAGUGGUCAUGGUUUCUGGAGUUGGUGUGUGCAGUUUAACCCCAUUCGCUGCUGGAGGUGCAACUACCAUCUCCGGCAGCAUCAUUGGGGCAUUGGCAUGAACAGCAAUGGGUGGCUUAAAGUGUCAGCUGACCGCUUUCAGCCUUUCACAGCGCCCCUUGCCGAUAUUCCAUACAGCUAGAAGGAAGUGCGUAAUCUCUGCCUUGGCCGGGGCUGUAGGAGACGAAGGACCUGCUUUCAGAGCUAAACUGCUUUAAAAUAGGUGUAAGAUGUAAGGACAGUCCCAGGGGACUGCAGGCACUAUUACCAAUUCAAUGAGAUGCAGUGGUUCUAAUGCCUACAGUACCCUUAAUAAGUCUGUCUUCCCUACUGUAAAUCCUGGGACUUGGAAGAGAGGCUCUGAUCUGUAAAGUAAAUCUCACCCAGGAAGUGGCUGGUGCUUGUUAGCCAGUCCUCCUGUCCAUUUGCUUACUGACACAUGGAAUGCUGGGAAUUAUUGAAGUUGCAUUCCCUGCUCAGGAAGCGUCUUCACUUACAUGGAAGGCCUUGAACGUGUUCCACUUGCUUUUUGUAAACUGCGCUAUUUCUUGUACGAGACCCUGUGGCUAGUCAUUAAGGUUGGAGCUGGAACCACCCCCCUACGUAGUACAGUUCAUGAAAUGAAAACUUCAUUUCUCUGCUCCUACUAAUUAGCAAAAAAAGGACUUUAUGUACUGCCUCCAUUUUGCAUGUUUGUCAAUGCAAAUAUAAAAUGGAAUUACAGGCUUGUACAUAACUGGACACUAAUUGCAUUGGCAGCCCCCCUCUCCCCUGCAGUACGUUGCGCUCUCCUUGUGCAACACCAAAGCCAAUAUGAAAUGGAGAUUUUAAAAUAUGUCUUGUAGAGCACAUUAGUAUUUUAAUUUGUGCUCUCUCCCCAUCCCCCUUCUCUCCACCCUAAGUAAUUUAGGAUUUGCUUUUUAUCCACGAUUUAAACUGCUUGUGUCUUUAAGCAUCUUCCAAAAUUCUAUUAUGUGGUGGGGGGUGCAGAAAUUCAAGGCUAAAUGGCACUCACUGUCACAGUUGAUUCAGAAGCUUAUAGUCUGUUGCUAAGGAACCGUAUAAUAGUCUAAGUAACCAAUUAUGUGCCCUGUGGACAGAAGCUUCAGAAACUAAACACCUGUUCGAGUUUCACCUGGGAUAAGAUUUUUAUUUUUUUUCGUCUUUCCCUUCCUUGCUUUAAUAUAGUCCAGUGAUCCCUGACCUUUUACUAUCGUUAAUGUCAGUACAAUCAACAUGAUGCAACAUGUCUUUCCUAUGUUUAUUUAUUUUAUUAUUUUUCUGGGAAAACCUAAAUGUGGUUUUUUGGCUUACAUUUUUUUUUUUUUUUUUUUUCUUCUUGCUUUCACGAAGCUGCCAUCUGUGUAUAAAUACUGUACCUUGUAAGCUAUUUUAAAUCAAAUAUUUUCAAUGUUUAUUCUCCUAGAAGCAUAACUGUGAGCCGAGCCAUACGUGCCAAUUUGUUUUCAAACAUAGGAAACAAUAAUUACGUUUUGGUUAACUGUGUUGGAUUCAAAUACAUUUAAAGGGCCACCAUAGGUAAUGCUACUGUGCUAAGAGGGGCUAUUCCGAAGUUGUGAGCUGAAUAAUUUGUGAGUGGGCCCCAUAUGCAGCUCCGUUGGUAUUGUGGAAUCUACAUUAUACAUUAUCGAUUGCAUCCAACCUCAAUGGCAAUGAUAGACUGAGAGUGACUGUAGUGUUUAAAGGGACAUUACUUUUACAUACAAUAUAUCCACUUUUCUCAUUCACUUAGAUUGGAGAUAAUGCUGUCAGAUAUUUAUAAACUUUAUAGGAAAGUGCUUUUAUUGGUAGGUUUCUCUCGCUGUUCCAUUCUUAAAGCAGCCUGACACUUUUAGCCGUUAAGAGGACCCCCGCCCCCCCAUGAGUAAUAUGUCCAUUUGGAUGGAGGUACCAGGAGAACGUGAGAAGGAAAAUAUACAAACUUAAAACGCUCGCCUAGUAAUGCCACCCUCCAGUUUUUCAGUGCCUGGAAGAUAAACCAGAAACCUCUUUGGAAGCGACCGUUCAUUGUGAAAAUGACAAAAUGCUGUAUUCAGAAGUUGUCUGAAACUAUCCCUUGUGACAGAAAUUGCUAUAUACAUAAAGCAAAACUAGCCCCUCUGCCCCCCUUCAUUUAAACUUGGAGAUUAAAAAAAAUAAAUAAAAUUGUUUACUUUUUUGAGCUGUGAAAUAUACAUAUUUGAUAGCGGUGAUUCUACAUGUCUUUAUGACAAAAUGUACUUUUAUUUAUUUUUUUCACAAGGUAAAGAAAUAUUAUGCGUCAUAGGCGUUACGUCAAAUCUGCAUUUGCUGACUCACAAAAUGAGACCAAACACUGGUAUUGGUAAAUAAUACAAAGUGCCAACAUGUUUCAGACACUAAUUCGGAGACCUUAAUAAAAACUGUUCAUGAAUUGAACCAGUGUUUUUGGAACCUGCAUUACUGGGUUCUUAAUAUACCUGCAAAGAUGCUCCUGUUGUGCUGAACGCUCCUGGAGGAAGUCUCGCACCCAGACAGACUAUCUCCAUUAUAGAUUCAUAUUGUUUUCAUACAGAUUCCAUUACCACCUAUACACUGAUAACACCUAGAUAUAUCUCUCCUCCCCAGACCUCUUCCCUGCCGUCCUGCAACGUGCCACUGCUUUCCUUUCUUCCAUCUUUGACGGGAUAUCCUCCCGCUCUCUGAAACUCAAUGUCUCUAAAACUGAGCUCCUUGAAUUUCCUCCUCCUAAUACUGAUCCUCCUUUCAUUCUCCCUUUACGUUGGUGGUAUCCACAUAAGUCCAUCCUUGCAAGCGCGCUGUCUUGAUUAUACUUGAUUCUGGCCUCACCUUCGAACCUCACAUCCUGUAGGUUCCAUCUAAAAAACAUAGCCCGCAUCCGCCCCUUUUCUUAAGCAAGAUGCUACCAAGGAGCUUGUCCAUGCUCUAGUAAUUUCCUGAAUAGAUUAUUGUAACCCUCUCCUAAUUGGUCUUCCCAAAAGCCAUAUUGCCCUGCUACAGUUUGUAAUGAAAGCUGCUGCCAGACUGAAUUUAUUUAUUUUUUAUUUAUUUUUUUAUUUUUUUUUCCUCACCCCGCUGUCAGUCCUUGCAUUGGCUUCCUGUAUCCCAUAUGAGUCCAUUCAAAGUGCUAACCCAUACCUAUAAAGCACUGACCAAUUCUAGCCCUUCUUGAUCUCUCUGCUCUGCCCAUGACCACCUCCUGUCCACUGCUCGCACCCAUACGGCCAACUCACGCUUGCAAGACUUCUCGCAGGCGGCUCCCUUCUAAUGGAAUAACUUGCCUACCGCCAUCAGACUCUCCCCUAGUCACCAAUCUUUUAAGAAUUUCCUUAAAACCCAUCUCUCUAGGAAAGCUUAUGGCCUCCCAGAGUAACCUCUACCUUACAAACCUGUCUCUAUACUCUCUCCUAAAGGGCAGCACUUUACUCUCUCCUCCAGCUCUGCUUCACUUCCACCUUAUUUGAUUGCUAUUUCCUGUCCUAAUGUGUUUUUAUACCCUAACGUCCAAUGGACUGUAAGCUCGUUUGAGCAGGGUCCUCUUCAACCUACCAUUCCUGUAAUUUUUCUUGUAAUUGUUCUAUUUAUAGUUAAAUCCCCCCUCUCAUAAUAUUGUAAAGCGCUACGGAAUCUGUUGGCGCUAUAUAAAUAGUGAUGAUGAUGAUGUGGCCAAUAGUUAAAUGGUUUGCACCACUGUGUUCAUCCAGACUUUGAUAUGUGGGAAAAAUUCCCACUACACUCAACUUUUUAAAAUGUAUUUUAUCAAAUGUCUUCAAAGAAUGGAAGUUCCUUUUUAAUACCACAGGUGAUAUGGUACAAUGCAUAUACACCAUAUGCAGACCAUUAACAUUAAAGGGACACACUAAGCAUUCUCUUUAUCUUCAAACUCUUGUAUAUAAUUCAGCUUUUUGGAAUAAAUCAAUUAACGCUGCUAUAAACACACACGUACACAAGCUCAGUUGGGAGCUCUCCUUGGAUGUAGACGAUAUUGGGUUUCCUAUUAUGAGCUAUUGUAACACUGAAAGGGUGUUUAAACUUGUAUUUUAAAGAAACCUUAAAGCCAAUUGUUGAAUAAUGAGCCAAAUAAAAGCUAAAUGUAACACAUUCAAACCAUAUAGCUUGUCAUGGAUUUUUGUUCAAUAGUUACAAUAUUCUAUUUUCAUUUAUUAUGAAUUGUCUCACAUCGGACAAAGACCGGUACAGAGUGCACAAAAUAAUACAGCUAAGGUCAGGGUGUAAAAACCUAGAACAUGGUAUAUGCUUAUGAGGUUGCGAUGUGAGAAGUCGAGUAUUCAAUUGUGUAGCCAACCCCAGGAGGCUCCUCAAAUGGUGAGGUUAGAAAUAACAAAAACAUUAAGUACCACUUACAAACCAUAAAGAGAAAACACAGAAGUUAAUUUAAUCUACAGGUCUCAUUGGAGGGAGUCGAGACAAGUAGUAUAUUGCACAAGUCCUAGUACCAGAACCCAGGUUAACCUAUGCCCUUCAGGGGCAGAGGGAAGUACUACAAUGGUGAUAGGUGCUUCAGGCACAAUAGCCCAGUUUUACUAGUUGUAAAAAGCUUUGUUUUCCCAUUGGGUUGGCCAUCGGACCAAGACCCGCAAACGGACUGUACUCCACCUUCUCUGAUGUGGGCAAUAGUUGCUCUAUUCGAGCCUGUUCUAGAGCGGAAUUCGCAGCUAAAUGCAUAACGGUGGGUCUUGAGGUGAGGUGUUGCUUGGCAUGGUCGAAUAGCUUGUUGCAUGUGGGCAGUGCCUUUUUAGCCAGAAGUCCUUCAAGAUUCUGCCUAGUGGUGUCCUAUAGUACCAUUAGUUCAAUAUUCGUUCAACAUCCAUCAUGUUAAGUGGGGGUUAUUGUAUAUUCUGCUGAAUAUGUACAGCAGCACCGUGAGUUCCCAUUGCAACAGGGAGGCCUCCAGGGUGUAGAAUGUGAUCACCCCACUGGUUCAAGGGUAGGGUCCUCCAGCCAGCAGCUACAAUUCUAUAUGGAGGGAUAUCCGCUACCUCUCCUCUACACGGUGCACUAUGCCUCAAAGCAAGAAGUUCUCCAGUGGAAAUAUCAAUCUCUCUCUACUUCUCUCCCUCCCAUAGUUAGCAAAACGACUUUAGCUUAAUGAAGCAGUUAUGGUGUAUAGAUUAUGUCCUGCAGGUUCCCCACUCAAUUCUCUGCCAUUUUGUAGUUAAAUCACUUUUGUUUCUGCUUAUGAAACCCUAGUCCUACCUCUCCUAGCUGUGCCUGACUGCCUGGAAACAAAAUGGUUCCAUUUUCAAUCAGAUGUUAUCUUAAGUUUUUCUCUCCUGCUCUGUAAAUUGAACUUUAAUCACACACAGGAGGCUUCUUGAAGCCUUAGAUAACUAUUAACUGAGCUGGGGAUAAAUUUUAAAUUAAACAGAAUUUGUAACAAAUUAAGAUUAAACAUUAGAUCUAUUUACAGGAAGUGUUUUAGGAAGGCUGUGCAAGUCAUAUUCAGGGAGAUGUAACCAGGGCUGUAUAAUCAAACACAAUUGAUUUAACUCCAAAAUGGCAGAGAAUGGAGCAGUGAGACUGCAGGGGCAUGUUCUACAUUCCAAAACUGCUUCAUUAAGCUAAAGUUGUUGUUGUUGUUGUUGUUAUGAUUAUAGAGCCCUUUUAAUUGAUGUACCAAUACACACCUUUUAUAGGUGAGAGAGUGCGUUUUGAUGACUUUAUUGUAUUGAUGUACCAUUAUUGCCACGAGAGACUUUAUUUAUUUAACCGAUGUCCUCCUCUUUAAAGUUUGCAGAUGACUUAAUCAUUUUAUAAUCUCUGAGCAAGGCUAUAGGGAAUAACCACCUUAGUGGAUGUGAAUUAAAUUAUGAAAGGAAUUUAGAAGCUUGAGGGGAAAUGUCAAAUUGGAUGUACAAUAAAUCACAUAUAGAGGAUAUGAAAGAGAAAGCCGACUUAAAUUAAAUAUAUUUUUUUUUCCCCACCUCAUUUUAUAUAAAAUGUAAUGACCCUAAAAGUAUUCUUGGAAGAAACCUUUACAAUGCAUGGGGUAGGGAUAAGAGGGAUAUUUGUUGGUACAUUUUAGCCAUUUAUUUUAGAUAGAACAGGACAAUAGGAUUGGAGGUUUGAACCAUGCUACUAUUUGAUUGCUUUGUACACUAACUGGCACCAUAUUACUACCUUCUCAUAGAUCGUUCUUUCUCCCCCUAAUCCUUGUUUUUUUUUUUUUUUUAAUACUUUGAAAGUUUUUAAGACCCCUUCUAUUUCUUAAAGGACCACUCUAGGCACCCAGACCACUUCAGCUUAAUGAAAUGGUCUGGGUGCCUGGUCCAGCUAGGGUUAACCCAUUUUUUUAUUUUUUUUAUAAACAUAGCAGUUUCAGAGAAACUGCUAUGUUUGUAAAUAGGUUAAUCCAGCCUCUAGUGACUGUCUCAUUGACAGCCACUAGAGGCGCUUGCGUGAUUCUCGCUGUAAAAAUCAGUGAGAAGACGCCAGCAUCGUAAAUGCUUUCCUAUGGACUGGCUGAAUGCGCGUGCAGCUCCUGCCGUGCAUGCGCAUUCAGCCGGUGACGGAGGAGAGCUCCCCGCCCGGCGCUGGAGAAAGGUAAGAUUUUAACCCCUUCCUCUCCCCAGAGCCCGGCGGGAGGGGGACCCUGAGGGUGGGGGCACCCUCAGGGCACUAUAGUGGUCCUUUAAUGUGAUGCCUAUGCUGUCUUCAUUACUUUUUACUAGUUUUGCCGUGGUUGCGCUGAUCAUGUGAAAUUGUCUAGGUGCGCCAUUUUGUUUAAACUCCUCUUUCGCUCUUAGCUUAUUUUAUUUCCAGUUCUCGGCUUUGUUUUCAAGUGAUAUCGCUAUAGUGAAUCUUGUUAGCCCUUUACCUAUUUUCUUUUAUUAUUAUUAUUAUUAUUAUUAUUAUUAUUAUUAUUUUUAUUUUUAUUUUUAUGUGCCAUUCUUAUGUUAAUAACCGGACGGUUACAUGACUGUAGUGUGACCGCUAUAUUUGGAAGUGUAGUCUGCUGUUUAAACAGUGAAGUAACACGUUGAAAGAGGCUGUGAAAUGCAUUGAUGUUUUUUGUUGCUUGCUUUUAUAUACGGUUACCAAUGAAAUUAGUGAUUUUUAUCUUUGACCUUCCUGCUUUUAUCUCGACACUUGGUCUUUCAUUUACUUGGUGGGGAAUGUACCACCUAGGCCAGGGAUAGCCAACCUUUGGCACUCCAGAUGUCUUGGACUUCAUCUCCAUAAUGCUUACAGCCAUAAUGCUAGCACAACAUCUGGGGUGCCUAUCCCUGACCUAGGCAAUAUGGAUUGAGCAAAACUACUUUUGCUCUACAACAGUGAGUACAUCAUCUCCUUUCUAUUCUUUAUUUUUACUGUACUGUGAGCACCAUAUAUUUUUAGCUCUGUUCUAUCUAUUUAUACAAUGGUGAGAACGUCUGCCAUAUAUAUAUCCAAGGGUAGGAUGCUUUUGUGUAUCCAAGAGUGUGGACUAUUCGAUGGGAACCAUACAUUGAGUGCACGUGAACUGCUGUUUUUUUGAACAUUGAGCAUACUUUUAGUUAAUGAGAUGAACAAAUGUUCCCAAAGUAAUCUUUAAAGGGACACUAUAAUCACCAAAACACUUUAGCUAAAUGAAGAUUUAGAUGACUCUCUACAGGAAGUGUUUAGAAAAGCUGAGCAAGUCACAUGCAGGGAGGUGUGAUCUGGCUGUAUAAACAAAGUGAUUUAACUAUAUGACAAAGAAUUAAGCAGUGUGGCUGCAGGGGCAUGAUCUAUACACCAAAACUGCUUUAUUAAGCUUAAUUUGUUUUGGUGACUAUAAUAUCCAUUUUAAGAAUUGAAACCACUUUGAUCUCCUUUAACAUAACAAAAGAACAUUAAAAUGCUAAAUUGUAGCUUGGUUGAAUUUGUAAUGUGCAUUGCAUUCACUGACGGUUGGUUUUUAAACUUCGCUUUAUAGUAUCUCCCUAUUCUGCAUCUAGUUUUUGUUCACAUUUGUUAAACCAUUUUCUAUACCCUGUAUAAAUCAACUGUUGAAAGAGUGUGCUUAUAGUUUAUUCUCCUAUAACGCCACGUACUCUAACCCUGUUGAACACUUUUCACCUCUGUACCAGUGUCACCAAAUGAUAAUCUAAAAUUUGGUAAAAGUCUGUUUCUAGAGUAGGACGUGCCAAGAAUGGGGUACAUUGACGUUGUGGCAUGCUUAUGCAAUGUAUGAUCAUAUAAUGUAACUAAACCCCCAUUAUUUUUUUUCCUAGGUGAGGGGUUUUGAAAAUUGCGUUGUCGGUUCCGGCACACCACAACUGACUAGUGUUAUUUUAACUAUGUUUAUUGGUUAUGAAUUAUAUUCUGUUACCUUAUCAUCACAGCAAUAUUGUCCCGGCUACAAAUUUAAGGCUGGGCCUGUAGUUGUGAGAGGGGCUGGAAUCCCCUUUAAAAGGGCUGCCAGUCCUCUCCCACUGUUGGUCUGGCAAGUCACCACUCCCUCUAUUCACAUCACCUUCUAAAGUGGGCCCUCUUUUAUUACAGGCCUACUGCAUUGUCGGUUCUGGCACACCACAACCGACUGGUGUUAUUUUAACUGUCUAUUGGUUAUGAAUUAUGUUCUGUUACCUUAUCAUCACGGCAAUAUUGCCCCGAAUAAAUAUUUUCUUGAAAAAAGUCCUUUUUUGUGGACUGAAACGUUGACAGACACAAGGUGUAUUUGUUGUUUACACAAUAAAAGGAUUAUUGCAAAAGAGUGCACGUUUCAUCUACCAUAUAGUUUUGGCUGAAGUUUUGCAUCUGGGCAUUUACAGGAUCCGGAGAGUGAGUGCUGGACCUUCAAAUAAAUAUAUAUACAUUUUUUUUUUUUAAUUUUUUUUUUUUUUUCAUGACCUGGAUGGCAAGUUCACUUAAAAAAACCUAAUGCACAUAAUUAAGAAAAGAUAUUAAAGGAGCACUAUAGUGCCAGGAAAACAAACUAGUUGUUUUCCUUGCACUAUAGUUAUUAGGUCCACCCCCUUCAGCCACUUACCUUAAUUCAGUGCUGGUGACCUUUCCUCGCCCUGCCGACGUCGGCUCAGAGUGCGCAUGCGCGGCCAGAGCCGGACGCGCGUAUUCACACUGCCCUUAGGAAAGCAUGACUCAAUGCUUUCCUAUCGACGUUGGGGAGACUGCCAGUAGAGGCUGGAUUAACCCUUAAUGUAAACAUUGGAGUUUCUGUGAAACUGCUAUGUUUACAUCUGAAGGGUUAAAACCUGGAGGACCUGGCAUCAAGACCACUUCAUUAAACUGGUCCUUUAACUUUCGUGAGGGGUUCCAUCUCUGACAGCUGCCAUGUAAGUGAUGCUUGAUUUGGAGCAUGUGCAAACCCGACUCUAGAACUCUGGUUUUCCCAGCAGAACACUCUCACCUUGUCAUCAAGCAGGUUGAUCUUUUGUCAGCUAAGCAUGUGCUUCUGCCAAAGGACGACUAAAAUGGCAGAACUGAACGAGAGAAUUGGUCGUUAUUUUUUUUUAAAGUAUCUUUUAGAAUUCAGCUAGAUAAAUACCAACUUUAACACUGCGCAGGCCUCUUUUUUUUUUUAAAUGUUUAAUUCUUAAAAAAAAAAUUUGUCAGUCCCCCCUCCCCCCCCUCUCCUUUUUUUUUUUAUUUGUAAAUUUUUUUUUAUUUUUUUUUUUUACUUAUUUUUUUUUUUGACUUAUGGGUGAAAUUUGAGGCCCCUUAUGGAUGUCAAUAUUUGUGCCACAUGCAACUUCCAUGUUCUUGCCAGUAUUAAUUACGGCCUGAGCCUAGAUGACUUGACUUGUAGUAAUUAUCAUUUACAUAAGCUCUCUGAAACCAUGGUAUUACUCUCUGCUAGAACUGGUCUAUAGAGAAACCGCCAAGCAUUUGUCAUUUAAUCUAUUCUUCUGGUUUUUUUUUUUUUUUUUUUUCUUCUCUUUGAACUAAAACUUAGUGUGAGAGAAAAUCUAUUAUAAAUAUACACACACAGAGUGACAUGGGAUUUACUAGUUUUGUUAUCAGUUUAUUUUGUGAUGGUUGAACUUUAGCUAAUAUAUCGGGUGAAGUUAUUUUUGAGGUCUUCUUGAAUUGAAUCUUUCCAAAUAUACAUCCACGGAAUGUCUUUACAGUGACGUGGGCAAUUCUUGUUUAAAUGGCAGGAUUUAAGUGACUAAAAGGGUUUUAAUCUUCCCGGUCUAAAACAUUAAAGCAGAUGGCGGCACGAGAGCACAAAUAUAUAUAUUUAUUUAUUUUAAUUUUUUUUUUUAUUUUUUUUUAAACCAGAGAAAUAAUAUAAAUAAACACAAACGAUACACAAUAACAUUCCCAGCAUUAUCACGGAGGUGAAUUCGUGUGCACAAAAUAUCACUAACUCCCUUUGCCACCUUGUAUUUUCACACUUUCAUAAUGCUAAUCUUCCCGCGUCGUGCUCUCGUGCCGCCAUCUGCUUUAAUGUUUUAGAUCGGGAAGAUUAAAGCCCUUUUAGUCACUUAAAUCCUGCCAUUUAAACAAGAAUUGCCCACGUAUAUUUAUUUUUUUCCUGUAGAACAUGCCAGCCAUCCUGUGACUUUGAGGUGUUUCUUUUAAUGUUUAUUCAUAGCUUUGCUUAAUCCACUUGCCACAGGGUUGCUUUUUAUAAAACACAAAAUUCUAUGUAUAAUCCGUGCUAUCCAGAUUCAUAGCUAUUGCAUUAGAAGGUUAUCCAAACUCUGACCCCCAAAAUGUUGCUGAACUACAACUCUCAUAAUUCUUUGAAAGAAAUAGCCAGAAAAUCAAGGGAGUUGCAGUUAAGCAACAUCUGAAGGGACAGAAUUUGGAGAAGCUUGCUUGGAAUACAAGGUCGUAUGGCCAAAGCCGAGAUUACUCUCCAACUUCGAACCAUACCCAUUCAUUCCAGCAAUAGGUUCUAACUCGCUUAUGUGUGCAUUUAAUAUUUGCCCUGUGGAUAAGGUGUAACCUGGAUGGUUAAUGGAUGUUCAGUUUUCCAUUCUUUUCCAAUUCAUUUUCUGACUGUCAUCCUUUAAAGGCCCAUCAUGGCAGUGUAUGUAACCAGAUUAAAGGACACCAGAGUCUGAACGAACAUGAAACUGUUUCACACAUGGUAAACCUAUUUAGUUCUCAGACCUGUCUACCAUAGUUCCUCUGGUGUUCUGCGAAUGAUGAGUAACUCCCUUAAUAAAUUACUGUAGAUGCAAGCAGCUUGAUAUUUGGCCUGCUUCCAUUCAUAUUUUUUUUUUUCCUCUUCUUUUUAUUUUACCUGGACAAGCAAUAACAUGCAUGCAAAUACCAUAAAUGCAUGUUGAAGUUUCUAUCAAAGUUUAUUUUUACAUAUAUCCAUUUUGUAAAAAUUUAUACCUUGAAAUUGCAAUAACAGUAGCAGUUUAGUGUAAACCGUACAAAGCAUCUGAGUUGUGUUAUCACAAGAUAGGGUGAAUGUAACCGAGCAAUUCGCCACCAUAACACUAGUUGAAAGAGUUGCUUGACAUAUCCGUCAACUCGUUGUCAUGAAUGAUGGAACCCUGUGUAAGGGGGGAAAAAGAUCUAAACCCAUACACUCCUUCUCUGUAUUAAAACAUUAACAUGUGUUUUUUAAGAAUACUGUGUUUUGGUACUACGUGUUUAAACCUCAGGGUUGCAGCAUUCAAUUCCUGGCAGGAUCUUGGUUUCUGUAGUUGAUAAAUUGGAUGGACUUUAUUGACGUGCUGUCUGCUUAUUAUAAAAUUUGAACCCUUCUUUAUUAGACUGCUAGGUUUGAUGGCUGCAGCAAUGUGAACACAGAUCUUAAACUGCUCAUGCUGCAACAGGACCUUAACUUGUUCAUUAACAAAUGUAAAAGCUCAACAAAUUUCAGCUUUGGUGUACUAUUUGUGCUUUACCGCUGAGCUUACUGGCAAUCCACCCCAAAUGAUGGCCUAAUGGGAAUUUUACUUGUGGCAAACAGAAGUUUAUUCAUCUGGGUCAACUAAUUCUCACGAAGUAAGGUAAUUAAAGGAACACUCUGGGCACCAUAACAUUAUCUAGAUUAAGUAGUUAUGGUACCAAGAGGUGCCUGGGUAUACUCUUACCUCAUUCUGGAAAUGUUUAAACCCAAAGUUGCCUCCAGUGUUGAUUUUGAAAACCGUUUAUCUUGAGGUAAGAGUGCACGCCUCCAUGCGCCAAAAUAUAAUUAGGUUGAGUUGUUAUGGUACCUACACUGUCGUUUUAAAUCUCCCUUGCAAGUGCUGGGAGCUGCCAUUCAAAAAAUUAUCUGCAGCUAAUGUUCAGCAAUUGCACUGGUUUAUGGCAUCAGUGGAUACCAGCAGACAAAUCCACUGCUCACACGGUUAUCCAUUAAUAGAGUGGCUAAUGCUCUCUGUACCAUAGGAUGCCUGUCGGCACUUGGAGAUGGGUUAUUGUUGGCGCAUUGUUAUUCCUGAGAAUAUUAGUAGAUUCGUACUCAAGGGACUUGUUUAUUUUAUUGAAUUUGAAUAUUUAAGUCUCAUCAGAUGGAUAGCCAUUCUUGUUUUAACAUGUGGUCAUUUUUGGUUUUGUUUGUUAUCCAGCUCGUUGGUCCAGGGAGAAAUCUGAUUUCUAUUUUAGAGCCCACUCAGAGCAAUCUUUGCAGGACUGAAUUCAGGAAGUACUCAAGUGGUCGUUGCUGCAUUUUUCAAAGCGGCUAUAUGCCUUAGAACCUCUACAUAAAGCUACACUGGUUCUAGCGUCACCCCAGAUGCACAAUUAGGUGUUUUUGGGUGCUUGUAUGAAUGCUGCGCUUAUACCUUAUUUAUUUAUAUUUUCCCUCUAUCCUCUGGUAUUUACCCUUUUUCCAUGUCACCUCUUUAUGUCCUUAACCCUCUCUCCCUAUUAAUAUGUUCUGACAUUAUUUGUGUUUAUUGAAACGGGAGUGUUAACAGACAUGUGAAAUCACACCAUGUACUAUGUGACACUAUUUUCGACCUAUCCUCCUGUCCACAAUAGGCCGGUGCCCGGCUCUGUCAUCUGAUGUCCGCAGGACUGUUACAGUGGGAGUGUGUUUUAAAUUUGUCUGAGCAGAACUUGCUUUGAAAGGCAGAGCAUUUAAUCCCAAACCUGAGUGUUUCAGCCAUGGAGUGUUAGACAGAUCUCGUUGUGCCUUCCAGUGUGGUGGCAUGUUAUCUGUUCCUAAUCAUGACGUGAACAGGUCAGUGUGUCCAUUCCUCCCUCAUGUGAUAUCAGACUUGUUGAUAACUUGUUUUGUGGAUCCCUAAAGAAUGGUUACAAUAUAAGUGUGUUUAUUUUUUUUAAAAACUUUUUUUUUUCCUUCCUAAAUUUUGACGUGUACCAUAUACCUUUCUUCUUACUCUGUAAUUUUUAUUUUUUUUUUAUUUAAUUUAAUUUUAUUUUUUUUAAAGGCCACUUCAAAUAUUUUGCCGGUAAGAAAUCCCUGUAGUCUUUGAAGGGACAAUCCACGCAUCAACACGAUUUUGAUGCACUUUAUAGCUUUUGGCCUCUAUAAGGGGUAUUUUAUUUUCUUUCUCAUGGUUAAGUUCUACAGCUUGCUGUUUCCUGAAUAGAGGUACUUGCAUCUCAUAAGCCUAUCAUUUCUGCCCCUCUCUUGUAAUCCGUGCUAAUCCAAUAUUAGUGGUGUAUGCCAUAAAUAAGGACAGCACAGGUCUUCUGGGAGUUGUAGUUCAGCUCGCAUUCUGUUUCUGAAUGUUCUAGACAGCCCUGAGCUGAAUUGAUCUGUGCAGAGAGGUUUGAUAACUAUGGGCGAGCCCAACCCCAUAUAAGUUAUUCAAUCUGUAAAACAGAGACUUUCAUAACUCUGCAAAAUUACUUAAACAGCUGUUACCCAAUCUGAAAUGUAACCUGUAGUGCUGAGUUUAAAUGGAAUUUUUUUUUAAUAAAAAGAUAUAGAACUUUAACUUCACAUGUAGCUGUUCUGGCUCAGACAGAGUUUGACAAGUAACUUUUAUGCAACACCCACAUUGCCAUACAACAUUUUUUAUGUAGGUGCCUGGAGCAUUAUGGAGCAAUGAUAUUGAAUCAAACACAGGAGUGCUGUGUUGGUGUGCUUGUUUGUGUUUUUUUAUUUUUGUUGUUGUUUGUUUUGGUUUUGUGUGUGUGGUUUUUUUUUUUUUUUUUUUAAAUGCUUAGUUUUUUUUUUUUUUUGUCUGAAAAAAAUGUUUUUCAAAUGCUAACCCUUCCUCGUUACCACACACCCCCUUACUCCAGAGAAACUGAUAAAGACUUCCUUAUCAAAUGUAUGUACACAGCUCAACCACUCUAGGAGUGAUCUGAACUACAAAGCAACCUGCAUUAAAAGGAGAGCAUACCCAGGGAGACGUAUGGUGAGGAUAUCACUGUUUAUAGUUUCUUUGACUGUCUUUCGCCAAAUUGUGAGUUCAAAGCAGCUCACUCAUUGCUGUUGUGGCUGAGACUGUGUGCAUGCAUUUGAUAAGGAAGUCUUUUUCUGGCCUAAGAGGACAUGGCUAAGGAGGCAGACUUAUGGUGUAACAUUCUGCAAAAUAUUUAUUUUUGUGCAAAAACUAUAAAGAUUUUAUCAAGCAAAAAAUACAAAAUUAGUAUAAAGAGGUCAAAACCUGCUGGAUCCAUGAAAGUUGUAUUGGUGCCUGGAGUGACCCUUUAACACAAGUUUAUAUGAUUUUGUAAUAUUUUAUUUAAUAAUGUAAAUUUCAGGAGACGUGACAGAUCCACUUUAACAUUAUCGAUACUAUUGGUUAAAAGAGCAGCAGAGAAUUAUGUUUCAUGCAUUGUGUUAUGGAUGUAUAAUUUGAAGGAUAUAAUCAAUACUCUCUGGAUGGCUGUAUUGUUUGCAAAGGCAUCACUGACCAUUUCAUUCUCAAGGUUCCUAGGGAUAUCACAUUUCACCUUCAAUGCCUCGCAGAAAGGGCGAUGGUUUUUCCUUGAUAUCGCACGGAUUUGUGUUUGUGUUUUUGUGUUUAUUUUUGUGUGUGUAUACUCCAGUCAGGUAAUGGAGAGCAGUGUGAUGGCCCUUUUUUAGAUGUCAGGUGGCCACCAUGAUGGCAAGCUAAAGACCCGAUCCUGUUGUCUUAAAAUGUAAUGUGUAACAACAUGAAAUGAUGUGACUGAGCACUUGGCAUCCACUGUUUGUUUGCAUUAAAAAGAGAACAUAGUAUUUAUGCAUUUAAAAAGAAAUUAAAAAAAAAAAAAAAUUUUGUGUGUGUGUAUACACCUGUCUUUUGGGACUAUUGUCAGAGCUCUUACUAGCCUACCCCUCUUUGUGUUUGCUUUCUCACUCCUAAAAUAUCAGUGGAGUCUGUUGCUUUCAACUAUGAUCCAUUUUAAUGGAUCUGUAUUAAUACCCCAUUGUUUGGCUUCCCAUUAAAUUCUAAAAUUAAAAGAGGACUGUCGUAAUUCUGCUUUUGUUUUUGAUUGUUCUUAUACAACGUUACGGUUUAGUUCGAUUUGCUAGAAGUUCAUAAAUUAAUCUGUUGUCAUCCUACUGUGAUGGAUCUCAAGCUGUCGGUUUUCUCAGAUAACAUUAUAUUCAUGUCGCUGUUAUUUAUUAUGAAAAGAAUUAAAAAAAAAAAAAAUAUUAAGUAGGUUUACAUUUUAACUGGUUUUAUAUAGCGGAAUAAAAAAAAAAAUGCCCAGCAAUCCUUAUUAUGAAAACAGGAUAUCCAUUUAUUGUCAAAACAACGUUUCGACUUUGUCUUUAUCAAGCAAUGUGAUGCCUAAAGACAGUCGAAACGUUACUGUUUUUCCAGCCUCCGGGAAGGUGGAGUCCUUGCACUCUUAAGAAAAAUAAAAGUGAGUGCUCCUCUCAUACUAUUGUCAUUCAUGGAUUUAUAUAGCAGUAAAGUCAUAUCAUUCCAGCAGGUGGUUGUGGAAUGUGCAUGUUUAAUUGUAACCAUUGAAUAUGUUUAUAUCCAUAAUGGUAGUUAUGUUAGACAAUUCAAUGGUUACAUUAAAAAAUAAUCAAAACAAUUUUAAGCAAAUGCACCUACUCAUAAAAUAUUGAGGGUUUUUUUUUUUUUUUUUUUACUCUCUCUCUAAAUUAGCCAUCCUUCAAAAAGAACAAUGCAUCUGACUGAGAAUCCUUCUAAUAAAUGUUUGGAAACCUAUUAAUUUAUUUUUAGGAAGUGCCAAAUGUAUUGCUUAGAGGGAAUGACUAUUAAAUAUCAUUUUGUCUAAAAAUGUAAUCUUAAACUGGCAUAGAAGCGUAGACAGAGCCAACACCCAGUCCCUCUUUUUGUGUUUCCAGACCUAUAACUAUGAUCUGUAAUGUGAGAUGGGAUAUUAUAAAUGAGACUGUGAAUGGUACAUUGAUGGUAAACAGAGCAACGGCCGCAGUGCUUUCAGUCCCAUAAUUUACAUUGUACUCCUGCAAAUAUAAUCCACUCGUGUGCUGGCUUGUCUCCCAGCGCGGUACACAGCUGAUGCCUCAUUCUCCCGUCUAGUUUAAAGCACUCCUUACUUUGGUCAGCUGAUGACUCAGGACAAGACAAUAUGCCACAUGUGGUACUCCAGACAGUUACUGCAUCCCAUUUCCUCUUCCACCCUUUAUCCAAUUGCUAGAAUCUGAGUUUUGUAGAAUGCCAGAAAGAGUCAGAAAGCUUGAAACGCCUAGACGUUGUUUAUAUUUUUUUUUUGUGCUUGCUCUUAACUUCUUAAAUUUUCUUUUCCUUCUAUUUUUUUUUUCCUCACAUGCGUGAAUGUUGAUAUUUAAAAGAUGUAAAUAGACUUUUUUAUUUUUUUAAAUAAUUUUUUUUUAACCCCUCAAAAUGGCUGCCACAGAUCUGACCUCACCCACGUUGCUUUUUCCAUUUUUAGUUAAGGAACUUCAUACAUUAAAAAGAAAAUCCAAUACUGCUAUAAAUGCAACUUUAUGAACUCCACAAUAGCAUAAAAUGUUUUCUCCAUCAAAUCUUACCAGCUGAUGCUUGUUUCAUAGAUCCUUCUUUAAGUAUUUCUGAUCAUUCUAAAGGAUAUUCCAUCUGAACAGAUUGGACGUAAAAUUUCUACUUACCCCCUAAAAAUGAUGCCUUUACAGCCCGUUAUUUGGCUUUGGUCCAUAUCGGCCAUUCUAGAUUCCCCUCCUAGCCUUCUAUGGUACAACAUAUACAUGUAGCACUGUGCAAACACAUACUGGGAGCUCUUUUCCAUUCAUUUGAAAGAGAAAGUAGACAUUCCUCAUCUGUCAUUGUAAAAGUGUGAAGCUUCAGACGACUUGAUUGCAUAUGCAUUCACUUCGAAUGAGGAGUUCUGCAGAGGCUUAAGGGAAUUGUACUGAUUUAUUUAUAUAUUUUGUAUUCUCUGUAAUGAGAUCUUUAGACUUUUGGUGCCGCGAGUGUGACUUUUUUAUUAAGGUUUUAUUGCAUUACAUUCUUUGAACUGCCUUGGUGUAAACAGAGUUCAGAACACCGUGGAGCCUUGAGCAACGAAACGUUUAGAGACACAGUUAAGAAAAAAUUUGUUUUAAGGCCAUUUUGUAUAUUAAGUUUCAAAGAUUUAGAAAAACUUGAAUGUGUCAAAAAAAUUUCUCUCCCUCCCCCGAAUCUCUCUUCUAUAUUCCUAAACAAACUGAAAAUCUUAUUAGCAAUGUAUUCCUUUAAUCAUUGGUGUCUAGUCACUGGCACAGGGCCCAAACUCUGGUCCCCAUGUUAUAGCUCACCCAGUCUCCACUCCUUCAAAAAAAAUCAUUAAAAACCCACUUCUUCAUAAAAGUGGAUCAAUUAAACUGUUAAUAGCUCCCGACUGAUUCCUCUCUUGCAACUGUCAUUAGUCUAGUACUACCCUUAACUUUUGUGUCACCUUACCCCACUCCCUCUCGCAUGUAAGCUCAUUGAGCAGGGCCCUGAACCCCUCUGUUCCUGUGUGUCCUGCCUGUCUGGUUACAAAUACACGUUUGUUCGUCCACCUGCUGUAAAGGGCUGUGAAAUCUGUUGGCGCUAUAUAAUCAUUGCAAAAGGCAGAUAAUUUAAACAUAUAAUAAAUAGUUUCCUGUACAGGCAUUGCCAUCUUAAAUUUAAUGGACACCUGUGGUGUGUGUGUGUGUGUGUGUGUGUGUGUGUGUGUGUGUGUGUGUGUUUUAUUUAUAUAUAUAUAUAUAUAUAUAUAUAUAUAUAUAUAUAUAUAUAUAUAUAUAUAUAUAUAUAUAUAUAUAUGUCAUCAUAUAUUGGUUCUGUCUACACAACACACAUAUUUUAAACUGACAUUAGGCAACCUGGAUGGAGCAUUCUGGCCACCUCACUGACAAAUCUGAGGGGGCGCAGUGAUUUUUUUUUUUUUUUUUUUUUUUUUUUUUAAUUUAUUUUAUUAAAUUUUUGGGUAAAUAAUCUUGUCGGCACAAUAAUAGUUACAAAUAAAGAUUAUUUAAAAGUGGAAAACAUUAAAGACCAUUGCCAAUCUUUCCAGGAGUGGAUGUCUCAACAAAUUCACCCCAAGGUCAGACCGUGCAAUGCCCAUAGGAAUUGCAAAAAACCCAAGUUACAUCUCAGACUCUACCUCAGUUAGCAUGUUCUAUUUUAUGGCAGUGCAAUCAGAAAAAGACUAAACAAGUAUGGUUUGUUUGGAAUGGUUUCCAGGAAUAAGUCUUGUCUCUCUAAAAUAAACAUGGCAGCACGGCUUAGGGUUGCAAAUUUACAUCAGAACAAACCACAAGACAUCUGGAACAAUGUUAUUUGGACAGAUUAGACCAAAGUGGAGAAGUUUGGCCAUAAUGCAAAGCGCCACGUUUGGCAAAAACCAAACGCCGCAUAUCUGCACAAAAAACACUGUAUACAAACUGUCCAGCACAGUGGUGGGGAGGUAUGAGUUGGGCUUGUUUUGCAGCCACAAGAUGUGGGAACAUUGCAGUCAUUGAGUUGACCAUGAAUUCCUUGGUGUACCAAAGUAUUUUAGUCAAAUGUGAUGCCAUCUCUCUGACAGCUAAAGCUUGCUGAAAAUUGGGUCAUGCAACAGGACAAUGAUCCCAAGCACACCAGCAAAUCUACAACAAUGGUUGUAAAAAGAAGAAAAUUAAAGGACCACUCUAGGCACCCAGACCACUUCAGCUUAAUGAAGUGGUCUGGGUGCCAGGUCCUUCUAGGGUUAACCCAUUUUUUUAUAAACAUAGCAGUUUCAGAGAAACUGCUAUGUUUAUGAAUGGGUUAAGCCUUCCCCUAAUCCUCUAGUGGCUGUCUCAUUGACAGCCACUAGAGGCGCUUGCGUGCUUCUCACUGUGAUUUUCACAGUGAGAGCACGCAAGCGUCCAUAGGAAAGCAUUGUAAAUGCUUUCCUAUGCGACGGGCUGAAUGCGCGCGCAGCUCUUGCCGCGCGUGCGCAUUCAGCCCAGGAGGAGGAUCGGAGGAGGAGAGCUCUCCGCCCAGCGCUGGAAAAAGGUAAGUUUUAACACCUUUCCCCUUCCAGAGCCGGGCGGGAGGGGGUCCCUGAGGGUGGGGGCACCCUCAGGGCACUAUAGUGCCAGGAAAACGAGUAUGUUUUCCUGGCACUAUAGUGGUCCUUUAAGGUGUUGCUAUGGCCCAGUCAAAGACCAGACCCGAUUAAAAUGUUGUGUAGGGACCUUAAGAGCACUGUGCAACAAACUCCAGGAAACCUCAAUGAACUGAAACGUUUUUAAAAAAGUGGUCCAAAAUACCUCCAACCAUGUGAGAGACUGAUGGUCCUACAGCAAACUAUUACUUCAAGUUAUUGCUGUUAAAGGUGAUUCCACAAGCUAUUGACCCUCAAGGUGUACUUGGCUUUUCACACAAGGCUUCUUCAUUUUGGCUUUAUUUUAGUUAAAUCAUGACAUGGUGUAAUAUGUCGUGUGUUGUUCAUCUGAGGUUGUGUUUACAUAAUUUUAAGGCCUGCUAAGGAACAGAUGAUUAUGUACUGAUAUGUAAAACCAUCAAAUUCAAAGAUGGGGCACUUUAUUUUUUUGUGUGUGUGUAUGUAUGUAUGUAUGUAUGUAUGUAUGUAUGUGCCCUUUUCUUGAAUACUUUUUAAAUGUGACGAGGGGUCUUUUAGUGGAGAGAACAGAACAUUGCUGUGCUAGAACGGCUGUCACUCUUGUUGGCUCUGGAAGUGCCAUUUUUGACUCUAGGAAACUCAUUUAAAAUUCCAAUUCAGUGAAACGAUACACAAGGCAACAUGUAUCAUUUAAAUGACCAUCUGUGGACUGAGCUUUGCAGCCACUUCCUGUCUUUUCCCAUCAGGUAUUGGUUGUGUCAUAUCAUCAAUGGAAGGUACUGUAGUCAUUGGGCAGUGUGGGGAAAUUCCCAAUGGAACUUAAAACUCUGACUGGAUAGAUGAGCCUAGCAGGCUGUGGCAUUAAACACCUGUGCUAGACAACCAUGCUUGUACCCAAACACCAUUGCAGGUUAACGACUACUAGGAAUAGAUAAAAUAACCUUGGUAACAAAUACAUUUACAUUAUAAAUGCCCUACCGCACCAAAAAGCCUGUAAAACAAAAAUAAAUAAAUUGCCCCAUGGGGUGUAACUAUUGGGUUCUGGCCUUAUUAAAACCUGCAAAAAUAAUCUUUGAAAUUUAACUUAAUCCAGGUCUGAGUAAAGCUCCCGGCACUGAUCUUCCAUGUCCUAUCAUGCCGGCACUCCUGCAGUCCAAUCACAGGGUUCUCAUACAUCAACCUGCGAUUGGACCGUAUUGCUGACUUACUCUUGAAAGGAGGGAGGCUGGUGGGAGUGAGGGAGGAGAGAGAGCAAUCAUCCUCCUGCAGACGUUCUGCUGGCAAAGAAAACAUUUCUACAUCUGUCGGCUGUGUUCUGUGUGCGUUGACAACAGAUUUCAAAUAUGCACAAAAUUGACAUUAGGAAGUCAGGAGCAGAGUUCUGGGCUGCCCAAGUCAUGUGUGUUGGGGGUGCAACUAGCCCUCAGCAACACAUUUGAAAAUAACUCUGUAUGUUCAGUGUUUUGAGCUGAAAUACUGCACUUGGUUACUCCUACCACCACGACCACUUCAAAUCACUGAAGUAGUCAUGGUAGGUGGGGUAACCCUUUCAGUCCUUAAGCGACUAGCUGAGAACAUGGACCUAAAAGUCUAGAGAUGAUUAUAAUAUGUGAUACGGAGGCAAUAAGGUUGCAUGGUGGGUUUUAUUUUUUAUUUUUAAUAAAGGUGUUUUUACUAUAUCUUCAUAUUCAGUCUACACACAGGGUUACGAAAACCUUUGCAGAGAAAAUGGUGCAUUCACAUGGCAUCGUUGCAGUCUGUUCUAACAGCUGAUCUAACCUUGUUACCUGUAAUGUAGAUGGGGAUUGCCGAUUUAAAAGCCAAAAUGUUAGAACUACAAAUGUGUUUUCUGAUUUUAUUUAUUUUAAAUCUAAAUUUCCAUUUGCCAAUUUUUAACAAUUUUAAUUUACACCUCUGCUGUGUCUCUUGAACCUUCACUGGUUAAUGAUGUAAAGGCUUAGUCACAAACUAUGUAUUGAUGAUAUUUAUCGCAGUUAUUUAUUUGGCUUUACUUUAAAGCUGAACUCUCGGUUCUCUGGAAGUGACAGUAGCUCGUUCUCACACCCAGUAAAUGCUAGUUCAGCAGUGGGGGCAAGUAUAAAACAUGCCUGUCUCUGCAGUACAGUGUCAUGGCAUCAUAAUAUUGAUGAACGCAUCGGCGUCUGUUAACUGCCAUUCAAGCAUUCCUGUCCUGGUGCUGUAUGUGUACAUGCCACAAGAAGGGUUUAAAGGGACACAAUGGUCUUAAUGAAAUGAUUUUGAAGCAUAGAUGCUGCUUCUGCAGCCUAACCGAGAAAUGGUCCUGUUUGCUUUUUGCAGUCCCUGUUAGACCAUCGUUAGUGUUUUCUUGUCCGCUAGAUUUCAUUAUUGUGUCUGUUUGAGGUCUAGAGUCUGCUUGCAAAGUUUAGAGAGAGAGAGAGAGAGAGAGAGAGAGAGUGUGUGUGUGUGUGUGUGUGUGUGUGUGUGUGUGUGUCCUCAAUCGUUCUUUGGAAGCAUCAGCAUUAAAGCUUCGGUAGGAGAGUAGGUCUGCACUGAGCAGUCUGUUCCUACAGAGAGGGUAGUGGACGCAUGGAAUAGCCUUCCAUUUGAAGUGGUAGAGGUUCGCACAGUGAAGGAGUUCAAGCAUGCAUGGGAUAGCCGUAAGGCUAUUCUAGACUUUAGCUAAGGCCUAUGACUGAGAGUAUUUAGGAAAUUUUGCAGAUUAGAUGGGCCGAAUGGUGCUCAUCUGACAUCACAUUCUAUGUUUCUACAUUGAAUUAAAGGUAAGUAUACUUUUUUUUUUUUUUCAAGCUAAGUUAUUAGUAGAGAAUUAACAAGGACACUGAAAUGUGUUUAUUUUUUUUUAUUUUGGUUUGCCUUACGCUGCGAUUCCCAAUUCCCCUAGUUUAAUGAUUGACACUGUGAUGGAUUUAACACAACCUGGUUCUGUAUGUAAUAUGUGUACAACGUUUUAUUUCUCUGAGGGGGGGGGAGGAGGAAUAUAAUGCACUGUUGUAGCGUGGUAUGAAAAGAAAACUAGGUAAACGGUUACAUUCUCUCAUCGCUUUUAUUUAAGACCAUACACAAGCUUGCUUUCUUACUUGUGUGGGAAAUAUUUCCAAAACGAGUGCCACAUGAUUACAGGCUACAAUUAAUCAGACCCAGUGAAAAUAGAAAUUGGGUCAAAUGUGGCAUAACUGCAAAAGGCAUCCGCGUUAAGAACAAAAUGUUCUUAAUAUCAAUAGUGUUUGGGGAAAUUGCAACAACCACCCCUGACAUGUUAAGAUACAUGCGCAAGAGUUGCAUAGACUUAAUAAUGGGACCAACUGUGCAAAUCCCAUUGUUUCAGAAUUCUGCUAGUUCAGUUCUAUAAAAAUGUCAAAACCCACACUGCUGGACAGCACAUUUAUUUUACUGGAUACUUGUAGCAAAAUGGGUGACCUCUCUGCACGGAGUCCAUUAUCAAUUGCAUAAUAAAAAGAUUACCGUGAUAAAAGAUUACCUGUUUUGCUGGGAAGGAAUAUCUUGCAAUUUUAAUGGUUUGAAAUGGACUUGACAUUAUUAUCUUCAUUAAAAACCAAAGAAAAGAUCUGUGCUCUCUCCUAAAUCCAAUGGCCAUUGGAGAAACUAAAUGACCUCCAUUUGUUUAAAUAUACAUAGGGAUUUAGGAGAGAGUGCAGGUAACUUUUUUUUAAAUUUUUUUAAUAAUUCCCUUCAUAGCUAUGUGGUUUCUAUGCUAUGCUAAAUGUUGAAACUCCAUAUAGAUUUCCUUAUUUAAUACUUUACCCCAGGAUACCAAUGUUUCCUCUUCCCCCACCCCCCUUUUUAUAAAUCCUCCGCCUUUGUUUAACAGAACUAUUUUGUAGAAUUGUGAAUGGUGGUCAGUUUGUGCUCAUUUUUGUAGCAAUAAAUGGAAAAGCAUGUACUGAGUGACAAGCAGGGAGUUUACUCUAGCGGAUUAGGAAUAAGGUGCAUUAUUUUCCGUUGCAUAAAGGAAGCGGUUAUUGCUUGAGCUGUAUUUAAAUGUAAGAGAUUUAGUUACAUAUAGAUUGCGCCGGUUUAAUUUAUAAUCCAGCUUUAAGAAGUCUGCUCUAAAAAUACGUUGGACUGAUCUUUAUAGAGUGGCAGAUUUGUCCGACGUAUUGCGGAGUAUGUUCAGUAGUGUUCUUUUCUGGGCCCUGGAUAGUGUGCUCCUUUUUAUUAUUAAAUCAGAUUUUGCAUAAUAGGAUUGUCAGGUAUAUGUGUACAUGGCUUAAUAUCUGAAGUGAGACAAUUCCAAAGGACUCCGAAUCUAUGACAUGAAAGCAUCAUUUACUUGUAAAGGUUGCCAGGAAUAAGCAAUGUUAUCUGAUACCGGUGGGAUCCAGCUACACUGGAGACUGCAAGCUGUUCGUAACUAGAGCAAGGAAACUACAUACCGAAAGAAAUGACAAAUUAACCUUGAGACCGUACUCUAUUAUACGGCUUUAUUUAUUUUAUAUUUUCUGUUAUCCUGUUUUGCUUUUCUCUUGGGUUUUUUUUUUUUUUUUUUAAAUUUAAAACCGCAUUCUGCAAAUGAUUCUUUUAAAUUAUUGCGAUGAUAAUGUUCCCUUGUUAAUUUUUAAUCAUCUUGCUGUAUACACCAUGUGCUGGGCUAUUACAACAAUUGCCAGGGAUGUUCUACGGCUUCCUAUGUGUGACCAGCAUUCUGUCAUCGUACAAUAGUGAGACUGGUGUCUCCAUGUACGGCACAAUUUGACCGGACAUCCUGUAGCUUUGCUUCAUCCUGUAACCUUGGCUGAGCAGUCAAUGCAUUUUGCAAUUGGUGUCUUCUCUUCCCUUUCAUUUUUAUUAUUAGUUUUUCUAUUCUUUUCAGUUUUUUUGUUUCCCCCCUGUUUAAAUAGCACGGCUAUGUUACUGCUUUGUGAAGGUUUUAUACGUGCUUCCCUUGGGACCCAAUGUCUCUGAUCUAAAAUUAGCCAGUUGUUGUCCGUGGCCUUUACCAUACCCCGGAUAUGUAUUGUAUUGGGGCUUUCCUCCCCCCAAUAUACGCAUGAACAGUCUUACAGUGAAAACAUGGCUGGAGGUCAGAUUAUCAGAUACAUGGGUACAUUAAUUAAAAAGAUUUUGUUUUUAAUGAAGUUAUGGUUUUUCUUCUGAUGGCCUUUGGUGGCUAACCCAGCUGGAAGAAUAAUUCAGGAGUCGAUUACUCCAUUCUGUGAAUGUACAUUUGUACACUGUGACUGGAUAAAAAAAAAAAAAAAAUUUAUAUAUAUAUUUUAUUUUUGGCAAUGUGAGUUUUGUCUUUGUGGUGGUUUGAACUAAUUCCGUUCAUGCAGUCGUUUCAGAAAAAAACUAUUAGGACAAACCAAAAGUGUGCAGGCACAUGCGUAUCUGUGUUUCCCGCAAAAACAAAAAAAAAUUAAAAUGUUUGCUUAAAAUAUUAUGUAUAUAUUUUGCAGAAUACUGAUUUGGUUCAUUUUCGCACCAUUUGGUUCUCAGAUCAAUCGAUAAAAAGUAAUCCAUAGAGUGGGGAAAAACUGAGGCAGUCCCUUCUCACCUGAUCUGACAAGGGUACAUCCUCUAGAAUGUAAGCUCAUUGAGCAGGGCCCUCCACCUCUCUGUUCCUGUACGUCCAAUUGUCUGGUUACAAUUACAUGUCUGUUAGUCCACCCAUUGUACAGUGCUAUGGAAUGUGAUGGCGUUAUAUAAAUAAAAAAAUAAUCUGUGAAUAAAAUCGACAUUUAGUGGCGGUCCACUAGCUGGAAAUCUCUAUCCACUUGAGCGUUGUCGGUUUUUCAUUAGCUUUGCAAUUCGUCUACAUGUUUAUAAGGAUAUGUGUGCAAGUUGCCUAUUGCUCAAAAGUUUGACAAUUCAGGAUUCAAACACUAAUGAUUUAAGAGGGACAAAUUAAAAAGAAACCACAAUUCAAAUAUUUUGCAACCAUUGAAAGGGAUGCACCAUUCUUAAAUAUCAGCUCAAUAUCUGUUUACUAUAGAGACUUCUUCUGUACACCUGAAAUGAUAAGAGAUUAUUGAAUGAUUUAUUUUUUGUGUGUUGGUCCUACCAUCAUUAGUUAGAUAGAUGGUUUCUAUGUUUCUGCCCAGUAUAUAACUUAGUCUGGCUUUACAUGUUGUGGCAAAACAUGUUUUGAGAAUGUUGACUGUACAAUUUGUUUUUAUAAUGAACUGCAAUGUUUUGAGGGACAGUUAACAUAUGUAAUAUUUUUCUUUAUCAAAUUGUAAGUUAAAGGAUCACUAUAGUGUCAGGAAAACAAACUCUUUCCUGACACUAUAUAUAACCCUUAGGUGUGUCCCCCGCACGCUCGGUUGAAGGGGUUAAAACCCCUUCAACCACUUGCCUUUAUUAAGCAUCCGGUUCCCUCGGCAGCGGUGACCUCUCCUCCCCCUCCGACGUCAGCUCCCAAGUUGCCAGAGCCGUGCGUGCAUUAAAAACGCCCAUAGGAAAGCAUUUCUGAAUGCUUUCCUAUGGACGUUCUGCGUGCUCAACGUGAUUUCCGCAUUAAGCGUCAGAGGUGCCUCUGAAACUGUUUACAUCUGAAGGGUUAAAACCUGGAGGACCUGGCACCCAGACCACUUCAUUGAGCUGAAGUGUUCUGGGUGACUAUAGUGUCCCUUUUUAAAUAAGUAAAAGUGCCCUUUCCAGCCUACUGUGGAGACUUUAAAAAUGGGUUACAUUUAUUGCUCUAGAAAUUCCGAUAUAACCAGUUUUACUACAUAUUCCGGGGGUCCCAGUUUUGGCAACUGUUUUCCACGGUGUUCGUUUUUGAUAGAAACUGUUCGUUAUCUUGACUCUUUUGUGUGUACUGGUCUUUAGUCGUUUGCCAUGGACUUGUUGAACGUCUUGGUGAAUGGGCAAGUAGUGGCAACUGUAAUGGCUUAAAAAAAUAACUGACUACUUUGUUUAGUUACCUUUUUGAACCCAAAUAUCUCCCCUCUUCUGAUACUUUUUAACAGGAAGCUUUCUUUCCACGUUAAGUCAAUUGUGUCCCUAUUUGAAUAGAAUUUAUUGGUUGCCUGCGUCAGCUGACACUCAAUUCAUUUAAAAACGUGCUCCAUUAUACAAAUAAAAAAAUAAAUAAAAAAUAUAUAUUUUUUUUUUAUAUAUAUAUAUAUAUAUAUAUAUAUAUAUAUAUAUAUAUAUAUAUAUAUAUAUAUAUAUAUAUAUAUAUAUAUUUUUUUUUUCAAAACAAUCUCAGUAUACACACAAUUUUAAAUAAUGUAAUUUUUUUUCCCCCUCCUUUUCUAUGGUAUUUUCUAAAACUGCUUGCAAAAGCUGCAGAUCUCUAGUCUGCAGCCUUUACAAGCCCUCCCUUUCUUCCCUAGCAUAGAAUUUCAUACCCAUUACUGGCAUCUAAUUGUCCUGCUCACCGUUACCAGAUAUGAUUUUUUUUUUUUUUUUUUUUCAGUAUGAUUCUACCUGGCCUGUUGUUGUUUUGGUCACAGUGCAGAUAUAUAUUGCCCAUAUUAGGUACCUUUAGUUGGAAGUAUUAACUAGGUCACACAAGUUAAUUUAUUAAUCUCCUUUACAAACAGAUCCUAUGCAAAUAAGAACUGGCAGCUUCUUUACCUCCAGCAGUAAAAAAUACGAUCCCCCCUAGAUCAGUACUGUAGGUAAAGGCCACGGUUGCUUUGACUUAAAAAAAACUUUUAUAAAUGAAUUUUAUUUCCCCCCCUCCCCUCCAGACAAUAGUUCUUUUAUAAGCACUCCCCUCCCAUAAUUGAUACAAAAAAUAAAAGGGUGUUUUUUUUUUUUUUUUUUUAAUUAAAAUGUACUCCCCUUGUAUUUAACUCUGAAUGCCUGCUGACAUCUUUCGAUGUCUGCUCCAUUCCAUCGCUUCUCGUAAAGAAGCAUUGGAUUGGAAAUCCGUAUGUGCGGGCAAACACUGGCUCCUCCAAAUACUGCUUUAAGCCACAUUUAGCUGCAGGACAGAAUUUCACUGUGUUCUGAAAGAGGAAGCGCCUAUGCUGGCUGUCAGGAGGUGUAUUUAGCCCUUCAAUGUGAACAUUGCAGUAUCUACUAAACGGUAAUGUUUAAAUUCUUGGGUUGAAACGGCUGCUGCACCCAGACGACUUCAUUGAGAUCUAGUGGUCUGGGUGCCUUUUAGCUUCCUUUUAAUAAGGUGCUGUUUACAUAGCUCUCUCUCCAAACUGGUCCUGACUAAUUGCCAUGUUGUUGAUCUUGUUUUAGCACUUCUGUUAUCUACUUUUAUUCCGAUACGGCCGUGGUGUAAAAUUCAUAGUAAACAUGUUUUGCCUUUGUACAUUGCAUGUUCUCCCCUAAACUACUUUUAUUAAAACCCCAUUUUUAUUUCCUUCUUUUUCAGAGAUCAUUUACACUGAUAUUGGAAGCUUGGGACUGGGAUAAUGAGACCAAACCCGGUAAGUCAACCAUUUGAGACGUUACGGUGUGUUGUAUUCCUUUUGGAUCCUAUGCAUUUUUCUGCUCUUAUUACGGAUUUUGUAGAUCGUUUUGGCACCAUUUGUAAUGAUGGAAGUGCUGUUAGUACAAGUUAGCAAGUAUAUCAAACCCCUGUGCAAAGGUUAUAAGACAGGUUAUCAUUGGGUCAUCAUGCCCACCUGGUAAAUUAAAAAAAAUAAAAUACUGGACAGUUUCUUAAAGGGCUCGGAGUUUAGGUUGUCAUACUUGCAGUUCAUCAUUUGACAGAUCUUUUAGUCCGUCCGGUCUGAUCACUUACCCCUGUAACAUGCUAAUGUGCUAAACCAGUGGUACCAAUGGUGGCGAGUUCCACGCUUUCUACUUACAUUAUCAUUAAACUGUCUCUCACUUUUUUGUAAACCAUUGAUCAAAGACUGCUCUGAAAUCCCAGUAAUAUAGUGGCUUUCCUGGAUCCUUUAAGGCAGCAAUGUACAAGUGAUUGUUUUUAUUACGUGAUUUUGUAGCAUGUGAUGUAGACUUGUUAAAGUUGGAUAAGUGGGUAGCUCUGAACAGUGAUUAACACAUUACCAUGGUCUGUCAAAAUUCCAUGUUUUCACAUGAGUAUAUUCAGCAAACCAGGUUUUUUUGUUUUUUUUAAUUGAAGGAUACGUGAUUAAAUGUAGAUUCUGCCUAGAGUGCAGGUCUGAGUACAUUAAGUUAAGGAAUAAAUAGCCUCAAUCUGUGAGAUGUCAUUCAUAAUGGCCUUCUUAACUAGAUUAAACUGUAUAAACAUGUUUUAAAGUUUUUUGCUAUAGCAGCGUAAUAUAUUUUUGUUGGUGGUUUUCUGCUUGUAGCAUGACUUCUGGCAACAAAUUAAUUCCGGCUGUAUUUGAUGUGGUUUUGAACUAAUUGACCACCCCAGCCUUAGUGUAGAAACAAGGUUUUAAAUCUGUCUUCUCUCUUCUGUGGCUGAGAUUAUCGGUCUUGAUGAGCUCAUCCAAUCCAAUGCUUUCCUAUGGGAAAGUAGUGGGGGGAGGCUAUAGUGCAUGCGUGGCAAAACACUGCAAUAUUCAGCAGCUACUCAUAGAAAGGUAUUAAAUCAAUACAUCUCUAUGGGGAGCGUUAAGUGUCUCCAUGCAGAGCGUGGAGACUAUGAACAUUAGAGCAGCACUGUAGUAGGAAGACCCUCUAUUGGCUGUCUGAAUGACUGCCUCAAGAGGUGAAACUAGCCAGCAAUGUAAAGACUGCAGGGACAUGCUGUAGACACCAGAACCACUACAUUAAGCUGAUCCUUUUAAGGAUUACCGUGUCUAUUUUAGUUUUUGUUAUGGGUUAUCUGUUUAUAAGCUUGAUUUAUCCAGUGUUCCUCUGACCGGUUAGUAGAACUAAACUUAACUGACUAAAGCAACAUGUAACCGAAUCUUGCAAUGUGGCAUCGAAUUUGAAGAUGUAUUGUAAUUCUUUCUAGACAUACUGCAUGCAAUAACGGGUGCUAUCUUCAGUUAUCACAUAACUUUCAAUUUAGCUAUUGUUUAUGGGACAUUGAUACAAUUCUAGGUUUGUUGGAAAUAUUUACACAAUAGCAUUUUGCUUCUGACGUGUAAAGUGAAGAACAUGAACCAUAAGUUCUCUCGGAUUUAGAGAUUCUCAAAACUGGAUAUUUCAUUGCGUCUUACUUGGGUCAAACUGACAGAUUACCUUGACAUAUGUUGCCGUACGUGGCACCAACCAUUCCUCCUUUUGUUCCCAUGAUCGUUUUGAUAGUGAUCGAUGGAAUAUAAUACUUGGUAUUCAAACCAAACGUCAAAUAUGACUAUCGUAACUCUAAAUGCAUUUCAAAGACUCCAUGUCGAAAUUGUGACCAUUUGGAGUAGUGGUGCACUUUUCCUGAGAUCUCUGUUUGACAUGAGUGGAGUUUACUUCUAUCUGAGAGCUGUCUACGGUUCAAAGUGCCUCUCUCAAUUUCCAGCUUUUGCUUUUAAUUAAAUCUUUAGAAGGCAAACUGUAUUCUUCAUGGAAACAGGUGAACAAAACUGAGGCACCCAGGCAUUUAGUUCCCCGGCAAUGAAGAAAGGAUGCUAAAUAAAGACAAGUGGUAAAGAGAGGAGUACAAUCUGUAAGUUGCACUGGGCAAAAGGAAAGGUAAACUGAAAGAAGGGGGAGGGGUGAUAAAUGCUUUAAACUUUAACGCUCUUGAAGACCACGAGAACAAAUGUACUAUUCUGCUUUCCUGUGACACAUUGUCCGUGUGCCAGUUAGUUCCAGAAAGCCAUCUUUAUAUAACUGGACUAUGUUCUUUCUUAUCCAUCUUGAUUGUAUGUACACAGUAGAAGAGAUUACUAUGUGGAUGUUUAAAGCGCACCAUUUCGGCUCCACUUGUGAUGCAGCUUGUUGCGUUCUGUGGGAAAUCCCACACCUGCCGUUUGAUCCGUCAUCCUGAAAUCCACGUUUUUUUUUUCUUCUUCUUACUCUGUUUCAAUUUGUGUCGUCGUCGUCCCUUUAUUUCUUAGUUCUUGUGUUAAAUCUAUCAUAAAGUUUAUUGGUUUUAUUUAUUUGUCGUUAAACUGAAGCUGAUUUCUAUGGUCCUACGUUGUUAAAUGAACACUUAAAAUGUGCUGUGCUCUUGCUUUUUUGGAGUAGUUGGUAAAAACUUUGCAAACUGUUUGACAAUUUACCUGGGGUCCAUCGGUCGCCAUUUACCUCCUUGUAGAAACUUUCUUCAAGGAGGUAAACCCAACAGUGCAGAUCUUUGGUCACUGGCUGAGAGCACUCGGUAAGUGUCUUGCGGACCCCAGACAACUUGUCAAACCACUUGCAAACCAGCAGGAUGUAGUGGUUAUGGUGCUUGUUGGACAUUGAAAAAGCCCCUCAUGACUCCUUAUUUUGAUCUGACAGAUAAGUGUCAAGAUUCACUCUCGUACAUUUCAGCUUUUACUUUAGAGUAUGCUUAUUUUAUUGGUGAGACUUUUAUUUUCUCUCCCAAAAAUGCUGUAGUUCAGUAAGGUGUCUGGAAAAUGUUGUAUCUUCAAUUUGCACAUUAGAAUGUCACAUUUUUCUGUAAUUUAAUUUUCACUCUUCUUAAAUGUUUUCUCAUUCAAUUUUGUUAAAGCAUCAUGACUGUCAGAUUUACCAGUAAUGGCUAAGAGUCUCAUUAAGAUGAGGGACAAUUACAAUUUGCUAAUUCAUAGUAUUACAGAAGAGAAUCUCAGCAUAUAGGAGUUUGAACGUGUAUAUCAAUAGAGCAUUUAGCUGGAAUGACAUUUUUCUUUAUAUAACACUGUUUUUCAUUAUUUUGAAUGCAUUUACUAAAUGAGUGGGAUCAAAUGUAUUCACAUCUACUUUAAAGGGACACUAUAGGCACCCAGACCACGCCAUCUCAUUGAUCUGCACGGUCCCCUGUCCUCUUAACCCAGCAGCUGAAAACCAUUGAGGUUUCAGAGAAACUGCAAUGUUAACAGUGCAGGGUUAAUACUGCCUGUAGUGGCUGUCUACCAGACAACCACUAGAGGUGUUUCCUGCAGCUUCACAGGGUUGAACAUUGUGAAACGACACUCUGACGUUAUUCAAGAUCUUGUAGAAAUAUCACUGUAGGGUAUAGUGGGACAUAUAAUCUGUUAGGAUGAAGUGCUAUCAGAUAUAUAUAUAUAUAAUUAUUUUUUUUUUGUUUGUUUUACUGGAUCACAAGGGCAAAAUUACAGAAACCCAGAGGCCAUGUAUAUUUUAAUAUUAUUCUAACUUGUUUUCUCGAGAUAAGUGAUAAAAAAAGAAAAUUAAAUAUACCGGUACAUGGCCUCUCUAGACUUCUUACUGCCAUUUUAAAAUGUCAGUUUUAUAAAUGAAAACAUUCUAAGACCGUACAAAGUUAAGGUGAGGUGAGGAGAGGCUUUCUGACUCGAUAUAGUUUGUGGUAUGACAGCAACAGACACUGAAAUAUCUUGGCCAGAAAGCACGUUGCACAAUGUCAUUCAGCUAUCUGAUCAAGUAGACGUGUCUAACCGUAGGAGCAAAUCAGGAUUCUGUGCUCCGGGGUGACUUCCUGCCUGCCUGUCUGAUGCCAAUAGAUGUCUUGAAGUCUAAUCUAGAUAGGAAUAGAAAAUCUUCUUGUAGCAUUAAUUAUGUGGACGGAUAUGCUGCACGUCCUGAAGUCUCCACGAAGCUUCGUGUUUGUACAUUCGUUGUGAUUUUGUGUGUGUGUGUGUGUGUUUGGGUUUUUUUUUUCUCCUCUUCUCUGCAAAUUGAUGUCUGAGUGUUCAGGAAUGAGAUGUGUUGUCUGUAUCCUGUCAACAUUGUUGACUAGGAAACGUCAUGUCGUCCUGUUACACUUUUUUUUUAUAUGAAUUGUAGACGCUAAGUAGUUAUGAACCCUCCAGCUAAAGAUUUGCUGCUGUCAAACUCUGGGUGUGGUUAUCCCUUAGCUUUAUUUAUUUUUUUGGGCAAAUUAGUUGCUUAUGGCUCAAAGCAUUUUAAUGAUUAUCCUAGACAGCAGGCGUCCAUUAUGGAUUUGUCGGCGCAUACUUGUCUCUGCGUUUUUAAAGUUACAUUAUUUGUUUUUGUUGGAUGGGUGGGGUAGAUGAAUUUGCAACUGAUAACACAAAUUGCUGUUGCAAGAUGUCAUUCGGUAAGGUAUAUAUUGUGUAUCUUAUUAACCACUAGCCGGUAUUGUGUAAAACCUGCAGGGGUACUUACUAAAGUGAGAAUUUUUAAAUCUCUAAACUAGAAAACUUCUUUAAGUCGGCUAUUUUGACCUUAAAUUUGAAAUUCGUUCUCAAUUUACCGCAUUCUCACAGUAGGAAAUAUAACCCUGUUGGUAAAGAGUUACUUUACUGGCUGUAGCUUAGUUCAUUAAACAGUAAUUUACCCACAAUUUCCAAUUUUAUUUAUACCACAAAUGGCCCCAAAACUUUCUUUCCACCUUUAUAUUUUGUUUAGUACGAUUUUGUUUAUAAAGCUGAUAGCAGCACAUAAUAUGCACACUUGUCUGCUGCACGGUUGCUGGCUUACAGAUAGGAAUUACCAGAAUUAAGGUGCUUAUCAGCGUGCUAAGAUUAUGUCUGUAUAGGAGCCAUCACUAUGACUAUUGAAGCUGGAAAUCAAUCUAAUUAGACUUAUCUCAUUUUUCUUUAAUCUAAAAAUAGAUUAAAUAGGGCUUGCUCAUUUUACAGAUCUAUAUGAAAUACUCUGCCGUGUGUGUGAGAGCGCGCGCAUGCGCACUCUGUCAACACCCCUUGGCAAAAUAAAAGGCUUUAUUGAAAAAAAAAAGUUUUGUGGCCUAAAAACUGAAGCCUUAAUUGAUUCAUUGGGAAAGUUGAGUUAUCAAGCAAACGCACAUGCUCCUUGUUAGAGCGCUGGCCAUUUAGCCCCUAUUGUCAAUAUAUCACACAUACAGUGCCACAUGACCUAUUGAGGCAUUCUUUCUGGAUUGCUACACUCAACACUCACAGCCAAUGAUGACUGUACCCUUAGAAAUGUUUUUGCAACCUUGUUGCACUAUUGCUUAGAUAAAACUAGAACUAUGGUUAAAGGACUACUAUAGUGUCACGAAAACACUUUUUUUAAUUUUUUUUUAAUUUAUUUUUUCUAGCACUAUAUAAUCCUUAGGCCCCCCUCCCGCUGCGCUGAAGAGGUUAAAACCAGAGCCGCGCGUGCAUUAAAAACGCCCAUAGGAAAGAAUUUCCCAAUGCUUUCCUAUGGAUGUUCUGCGUGCUCAAUGCGAUUUUCGCAUUGAGUGUCGGGGAAGCUCCUCUAGCGGCUGUCAGGGAGACUGCCACUAGAGGCUGGAUUAACCCUGCCAUGUAAACAUAGCAGUUUCUCUAAAACUACUAUGUUUACAUCUGAAGGGUUAAAACCUGGGGGACCUGGCACCUUGACCACUCCAUUGAGCUGAAGUGGUCUGGGUGACUAUAGUGUCCCUUUAACAUAUGCUUCUAUAAACCAGAUCUACCUAGUAAUGUAGGAUGAAACCAUGCUCAAGACUUCCAACUUCAGGAAAUAACUAUUCUCUUUUUGUGCUGUUUAAUGAAAAAUGAAGGCAAAAAUAAACCAGUUUGAAUCAGUAUUGGAGAAUAGAUGGCAAUCAGACUAUGAUUCAUCAAGCUGAUACCCCAUAUAUAAACAAUCCUAUCCUUGUUUAUUCUACUGUGAAAGAAAAAUAAAUAAAUCCACACAUUGACAAACUAGUACAGACUCUAACAAAACCACUUGAAGCAAAAAAGGUAAUCCUAUAUUAGUAGAAAACUUUGCUGGUGUAGGCAACAUCUCUGUUCUGAAUAGGAGAUGUCUUGUACUUUGUAGUGUCCUGAUAACAAGCAGGUUAUUUUUGUACCCCCGUAGAUGCUAGUUUUUGUUGUGGUUUUUUUGUUUUUUAAACCUGUUAACAUAUUCUAAACUUUAUUUUAAAAAAAAUAUUCUAUCCCCAUUUUACAGCUGUCCACUGCAUUUUCCAGUUCUCUAUAGUGUUUAACACAGGUUCCCAUAAUGAUCCCAUAUAAUCUGUGUGUGUAUUCGCAUUGAUUUUUAUAUAAGUUUUCAUCAUAUAAAUUAAUAACCCAGAUUAAACACACAUACUUUAUGUGCAUACAACUAAAACUUUCAAAAGUGCAUUUAUAAAUUGUUUUUUGUUUUUUUUUUUUAAAUCCGAUUUUUCUUUUAAUCUCGCUUUUUAGUGGAUUAUUUGUUUGUUUGCAUUUUGGGGCAAAAACACUGAGUCACUAUGGGAAAGUGUCUGUAUUAAAGCACAACACUUUCUGCUAAAUCACCCCGAUGUAUUGUAGUUUGUCUAAUGUUUAAACCAAGAAUAAUAUAUGCACCUGUAUUUAAAUUUAAUAAAUAAAAAUUGCUACAUGAAAAUUGGGAAAAUCCAUGGUCUGAGUUUUUACACAAGAGUACAGGUUAGAUCUCUCACCUUCUACUGCUCCAACUGAAAGUUUUUUGGUUUUUUUAAAAUAACAUAUUGCAAGAAUGUAUUUAUCUUUUGUAAUAAUGUUUUGAUUGAAAUGUCUUUUUUAGGUGAUGAACUCUUGAUUGAUAGAGUGACUCAUGCUGGAGUGAUCAACCCGGAUGACCAGUGGACACCCCUACCUUUAAACGGACACGUAGCCCACUUUGACCUGAAGAUUCGAGUCCGAUGUGAUGAGAACUAUUAUGGCUCUAUGUGUAACAAAUUAUGUAGACCGAGGGAUGACUUUGUUGGACAUUACACUUGUGAUCAUAAUGGAAACAAGGCCUGCAUGGAAGGAUGGAUGGGGGAAGAGUGUAAGCAAGGUACAGUGUCUGAAAACUUAAAUUUUUUUUUUUUUAAUUCCUUAAUUUAUUAAAUGGGCCCUUCAUCUGUCAAAUGAACACUGACCUUUGUUUCCAGUAGACGGUGGCUUUGGAACUGAUCAAUUAUAACUUUCUAUUAGAUCUGAUACAUUGUGUGGGUGACUUGGACUGUGUAGGGAGAUGGACCCAAGUAUUGGCCAGAUGGAGGAACGGGAGCCCAGAAACCAUUGCAAUUCACAUAAUAUCAGAAACAUUUUCUUUUUUUUUUUUUUUUUUUAAUCCAUAUUAAAUGCUUUAUAAGACUCCAUUACAAAGGCCCUCUCUCUCUCUUCCCAUUUGUAAAAUUGUUUUUGGUUUCCUUCUGUUACAAGACAGGUUUUCAAAUUGCUCUCCUGCUGUCUUUAGGGGGUUGCUCUGCUGAUUAAUAUGUAACUUGGACAGCAUCCGAUGUUGGAUUGUUUUUGCUGAAAGCUGUAGUAUGACCAAAAGACUAACUGCCCAACCUCUCUCUCUGGAAAUCCUUCUGCUCCAUAUUCUGGUUUCCCUUCAUCCUGUUACAGUACAGCAACUAUGUAACGAAUACCAAAGGAAAACUGGCUUCCCCAGACCUAUACAUCAUUUUGUCCAGGGUAUAUGCAUUGCACAGAAUUCCUAAAUGACUUUCAGGAAUCUCUCUUGGCUCGGAAUACAGAAACUGUACGCCUGACCCAAGUGCUUUCAUUUGUGAAAAAACAUCAAUGAUGCCAUGUCUGAUAUUUCAAAAUUUUUGUUACAUAAGCCUUUUCCUCCACUAAUAAUAGCUUUAGAUGGUUUCUGGGAGUUGUAGUUCAGCUGUUAAGCUGAGAAUUGAAGUACGACUCCCAAAAACCCUUUAUGUGCACUGCUUAUAAAUAAGUGUCCCAGUAAUGGGCGUUACGGGUGAUGUAACCGCCAGGGUGUCCCAUGUGCAGCUUUCAUGUAUAGCAUGAAUGCCCCGGUUUCCUUUUGUGCAGCACAAAUCUAUUCAAUUCUGUGGACACCUAAAAAAAUCCAGCGAUAAGCAACCUGUGGAGUCUGUACGAGUAAGGGGUAGGUAACCUUUAGCGCCUCAAAUGUUGUAGACUAAGUCUUCCCUGAGGCAUUGCCAUAGUGUAAUAGCAUUAUGGGAGAUGUAGUCCUUAAAGGACCACUAUAGUGCCAGGAAAACAUACUUGCCCCCCUCCUGCCGGGCUCUGAGGAGAGAAAGGGGUUAAACUUACCUCUUUCUCCAGCGCCGGGCGGGGAGCUCUCCGCCUCCGAUCCUCCUCUUCGGCUGAAUGCGCAUUCAGCCAGUCUCAUACGAAAGCAUUCAUAAUGCUUUCCUAUGGACGCUUGCGUCUUCUCACUGAUUUUCACAGUGAGAAGCAUGCAAACGCCUCUAGCGGCUGUCAAUGGAUUAACCCAUUUAUAAACAUAGCAGUUUCUCUGAAACUGCUGUUUAUUUAUAAAAAAGGGGGGGUUAACCCUAGCUGGACCAGGCACCCAGACCACUUCAUUAAGCUGAAGUGGUCUGGGUGCCUAUAGUGGUCCUUUAACCUGCAGUGCCGAAGGUUGCUUACCCCUACAUCUAACACAAUGUCUAGUUAGUUAACAUUUUAUAGAUUUAGAUAAUGCAGCAUCUCUUUAAAGCAGAACUAUUAAUAUGCUUAUGUAACAAGUUUCAUUUUAUACGAGGAUAUAGUUUAGUAAAUCCUUUAAUUUUUGUAUUGUCGCUUACAUCACUUUCUUCUUCUUUUUUUCUUAGCUGUCUGCAAGCAAGGAUGUGAUUUACUGCAUGGGGGAUGCACUGUGCCAGGAGAAUGCAAGUAAGCGCUGCCUUUAUUGCGAUUGUGAAAACGGCUUGAUUGGAUUUAUAAAAUCCUUUCCUUUGUAAACAAUGAAUGCUGCUAAAAAAACAAACCUUUAGUCCCAUAUAUUGUGCCCAGUAAAGGCUCUUUAAAGUGGGUUGCUAUCUGCUCAGGCUUUGUAUUUUAUUAUUUUUGUGUCAUGAAGACAGACUUAUUCCGAGCUUUCUAACUGGGAUUCUUGGAAAUCUGCCAUCUUUCACUUACUAGGUAAAAACAAAGGCUGCUUUGAAUUCAGUGGGGGAAAAUAAAAGGAAGAGGGAUAGGUGUGAGUCAAGAUCUUGGUGCCAAUUAUCUGACUUGCACUGUAAACUCCAGCUCCAGUUUAAUUCAAGGUGGUCUCAGAAAUUCCAAGUCUUUUCUCUUGUGAAUGCAGCAAACUGUCAUUUUAGAAUGCAGCGAAUGUCCCUUACAAUAUUGUAUCAAUCGAAUUUAUUAAUUUGUGAGAUUAGUGGGUGGUUGUGUUUUUUUUUUUGCCUGUUUGCUGUCCAGUUUUGUGGUUGGCAUCAUUGGUUCUGUAUGAGGGGUCAUUUCAUGAGAAGGAGUAAGCUGUUGUGCAUGCUCAUUAGUUCUGUGUGUGUCUUCCUAUGGAAUUCCAAGCAGGUUAAAUCCUGAAUCCAACGGACCUCUUCUACUGUUAUUUUAUAUCUUUUACAUGGUUAAGGUCAUGGUUUUCUUCACUGUGUUUGGAAUUUUGUAUUUUUAUGUUUGUGUUUUUAUUUUAUUUUUUGAAUAUAGACACCGUCCAUUUUUCUUUCCUGCAAACAGCUUUAUUAAGAACUGGCUCUGAAUUCUGCAUUUGUCUUAAGUGAUCCCAUUAUCAGUGGUAUUUUAGCAUAGACAUUGGAGUGCACAGCGUGGAACACAGUUUCCAUAGUCCAAACUAAAACCAUAGCUUCUUCCUAAUGCAUAACCAUGGCAUUACUUAUCCUAAUAACUAACCACUUACCAAGACACAGCUUAGUUACCUGGCAACUCCCAUUAAUCCUGGACAUGGUGAAUAAACUGCUCUGUAUUGUACUAGAAAGCCAGAAUGUAACGUUGUUUUGGAAACCUCCAUGCUGAAUAUUCUGCUUCUUGGUCUUUAUGUUCAGUCCGGGAUUUUAUUUGAUACUUUCCUCCUAUAAAACACUCCGAACACAGAAAUGUUUUAACUGUAGAGUAAAAAAGAAAAAAGAAAAAAAACCUGUCUGGACUCUGCAUGUACCCUGAACUGCAUGUACCACACACUAUGCCGAUUUGCAUAUUUUUGUGUUCUAUCUGUACAGCGAAUGUCUGUAAAUUAGAUUUACCACAAGUAAGAGUUUUAUUGCCUCUUAAAAUCUAUGGGAUUUAUUUAUAGUGAAAUAUCUUGCCCCGAACAAGGUCACUAACUUGUAUUAAUCUAGCUUUAUUUUAGAAAUUAUAUAUAGUUCACUUGGGGAAACCGUUUAGGCCCAUUUUAGAGGACUGUUUGUGUGUCUGUAGUAAUAAUCGUUUAUGCUUUUAAGAGCCAUCAACAAUUUUGACCUCCAUCAGUAGUUUAAAGAUCCAAUUUCUUAUUUAAAAAUGUUUUUGUCCGGAUAGUUUCUUCGGUUUAACUCUUGCUGAAGCUGGUGUUCCACAACACCAACAAUGAUCAAAGAGUCCUUAUCCCUCCUAGAGUCCUAUCAUGUUUGAAAAGCUACUGCUUUGACAGCAAAUUUCAGCAACGGCCCUUUCAUCUCCGAGAUGGUGCCGAGUUCUUCCUUUUCAUUGUUGCAAAUACCUGAUUAACAUCUGACAGUCGCCGGACUAAUGUGGAGAUAUUGACUGUUUAUCUCUGCAAUGUGUGUGGGAGAUGUGUGGAUACGUAUGAAUUUAUAUGCCAAUGGCUCUGCUGGCCUAAAGUCUAGAAGUGUUGCGGUAGCUUACUUGUAUCUGGUGGAUAUAUGUAUACGUUACUGUAGCUGACUUGUAAAAUGUCCUAUAUAAAGUUGCCAAUUCUUUUCAGUGUUUUUUCAACUCUGUCAGCAGAUUGCCAGUAGAUUGUUGUAAGGGAGUAAAUCGUUGGGAGUCUGUUAUACAUGGAGUAAAUCGUUGGUGUUUGCUAUACAGGGAGUAAAUCGUUGGUGUUUGCUACACAGGCAGUAAAUCGUUUGUGUCUGUUAUACAGGGAGAAUAAGAGUGGUUACCAGAUAGCUAUGUAUUCUACAUCAAUCAUUCUCCGCUAAUAGCACAGGUUAUCCUACCCGUGGUUCACUUAAAUCAGUAGUUCCUAACCCAUAGGUCAAAACUAUCUAGAAUUCUUUAUUAAUUGAGACAGGAACAUAGUACUUGUCUUGCUUCAGGCAAUUUCAACAAUAGAUUAUUGUAAAAGCUCAAUGGAGGCCGUAUUAAAAUGUGUAUAUUGCAAAGUUACUUCUGCUAUAAUUUAUCUGACUGUUUUUAUAGAAUGGGUACUGGCGAAAUCGAAUUGGAGAGUCAGCCAAACUAAUACCAUGCACGUGAUCUGGGUUUAUGUCAAGGGAUAAAGAACAGCGAAGGUUGAGGUUCCUUACUUAAAUCAUGUACACAUUUACAAUUUUAUGGUGUAUUUUAGCGAAGGUUCUUGGCUCAUGUGAGAUGUCCUUUGUACCAUGUUAUCAACGUCCCUCACAAUGGCGUGGCUGCGGUUUCUUGCUCAAUCAGUAGAGUGGCUCUCUGUAAUGUGUGCUUGGUUGGUAGGAGAUAGAAUAAAAAUAUGGUCGAAGUUCAAACUGCUUAAGAAGGAAUGGACUAUUGUUUGUGGUUGCUAUGCUAUAACCUGUGCAUCCGACGUUUACUUUGUACAUAAUUGAAAUUGCCAAACACAAACCAGCUCGGCCUGGUCUAGGUUCACAAACCCAUAGGGGAUAAUGACUGUACAGUAUUAGACUAAUUGGGCUUCCUCUGAAUCAGCACUCUGAGUGGGAGACCCCUUCCUGAGACAGUACAGAAUGAAGAUAAUUUAAAAAAAAAAAAAGUGUAUUUUUGUAUGUCAUCCUAGACGAAAUGGCUAGUGAACUCUUGAAUAUUUACUAUUUACAAACGUGAAAUAAUUUUAUAGUGAAAUAAGUGUUUGAGGUUUGUGGUUAACCGUCUGGCCUUUAUCAGGCAUGUUAUUUACCGAUAUCAAUCCGCUUGCAGCCUGUAGAGUAAUGUUUGGAAUAUUGUCGCCACUGAAGACCCCUUGUAAUGCAUGCCUGAGUGAAAAUCCUAUUUCAUGAAAAUAAUCUUAGAGGACAUUAGGCAACAUCUGAUUUUACGUAAGGAGAAUACUUAAUUUACUGAACAUUAUAAAUUGCUAUAUUUUAUUUAUUUGCUGCUCAAAAUGCAAUAUAUGGAACUAAACACUCCACAUAACGGUGUUUUAUUUCUUUUUUUAUCUGGGGCGAUGUUUUGGACUCUCUAUUAUUUUUUUUUUUAUUUUUUUUCAUGCCCUCAUUCUUUUGGAUUAGAAUUCUUUAAGUAGUAAUUUUUAAGUGUUUGUACAUGCUGGUACACGUAGUUAUUUAAUUCAUUUAUUUCUUAAGAAUCAUGCCUCCAUUUCACCAUACAUCUUCAUUCAAGAGAAACAUCCAUUCGUCAAACCCACAGGUCACUAGUCUGGCUCAAACUGAGAAUUUUAACAUUGUGAAAUUAUUUUAUUUUCUAAACUCUUUGACUCUGCAUUUAAAAAAGCAUGUGACAAUUGAGGAUUCACCUAAACUUGUUCUACUCUGGUUCUAAAUAAGACUAAGUUGCGUGGCAGCUGUACGCCACAUACGUUUCAUGCGAAGAAUAUAGUACUAGAGUAGCACAGAGGCUCUGAGUCCAGAGUUAACCUUUUUGAUAUAAAAAUUCUGGUUCCUGAGCCCAGUUCUAUCUGACUUACCAGUGGUUGUUUCACUAACUCAAGGCUCGGUGAUGUGUAUUUUAUUUAAUUUAUUUUUGUGUGUUCCUGUAACCUAAACUGUCAAGCUAAAAUGUAAUCGUACUCUUACUUUUUGGGGGAAUGUAAAGUAAAUGUUACAUUUAAUGGCAGAGUAACCAAACUGGAAGAAUUCCUUACUUUGUGAUUGUCUCUUGUUUGCCUGUUUUUGACUUUAAUUCCAGACAAUUCUCCCUUUAGUGAUUAAAACCCGGUCCAUGUUUUCAACAGAAAAGCAAAGGACAGUCUGACCUAGCACAUGGCAUCCCCUUAAUUCGAAGUUCUUUUUCUAAAACAUCGGGACCUCUAGUAAUGGAUUAAAUGGGUAUUGCCUGUCCUGGGAUAAGAGUUGAUAGAAAUAAAUUAUAUGGGUGUUUUUUGCUUAAUCAUGUUUCCAGUGUAACUAAUUUUUUAUUUUUUUUAUUUUUUUAAAUAGUAUUUACCCGCAUUAGGAAAGCAUUUUACAUAAACCAAUUUUCUGCAAACUCUGAAAUUUAUAUCUUAUUUAGUUUUAAAUAUUUAUUUAUAAGUGAAGGCUGUGCCUGCCAAGAAAGCCAUUUAUUGAGGUCUUAAAUGCUGAAUAAUGGGAUAUAUAUUUGUGUUUAGUAUGUGCAUGUUUUUGCAGAGUUUGAAUACAAUGGCUUUUUUAAAACUUAUUUUUAUAGACUAAUUUAAUUGCAGAAAGAAUUGGCACUGCAUGUAGAGUUGGUUCUCCACGGUUUAUGCUUUAGGCAGGUAAUGUGCUAAAAUUGCAAUAAAUAGAUGCUGAAAUAAAAGGUCCUUCUUUUACUUGCAAUGUCCAGAUUUGCUGUCUUCAACACGACGUUUCCGACUAUCGUGAUUAUUUCAUUAUUUCCAAUGGCUGUAAUGCUGUACGGCACAGGGUAGAUUCAGCAAUAGUAGCUUUGUUUAUGAAAACCCAUAAAUGAAGAUAUUUAGUCAGGUAGAUCUAAACUCCCAGACAGAUCAUAUUAACAGGUAUUUGCAGGUGCAUUUAUAUUGUGACUGAAGUUAUCCAUCUCUAGAUCUGUCAUGCAUCUACAGCCUAGCAAAACAAACCCCAGAGAACUUAAAAUACAGCUCUAUUAGUUUGUAAAGGAUUUUAGUUUGUGUUUUGUUUACGCACAGGUUUUGAGGGACAGAAAGCGUGCACAAUGGUACAUUUCACCUUCAAGCCUGAAUUGUCUCUUUAAACUGUUUGCAUCUUCGUGUUCCACCUCCGCUGACACAAUAACCUGUCUUGGACAGUUAACUUCUCAGUAAGAAUUUGUACAUGUUGCAUUCCACCAUUCAUCUGCCAUUUAACCAGAUACGAGCAUCUAACUUAGUAAUUUUGUUUGAAAGUCCAUUCAUAUGCUUAUUGUUACAAAUUCUGUUGAGCUGUGUUUUAGACAUUGUGUGAACACUGUCUUUGACUGGAUAUUGUGUAUAGUGGCCUGGUAUUGAUGAAACGUGCACCAGUAGAGUUCUCGAAGCUUGCCACACUCUUGCAAAGCUUUAGCGCAAAACCAAUUAAGUUACUAAUGAUUAAAUAUGAAGAAACAUUGUAAUAUAUGUGAUUCAAUAAACAUUCGCUGUGACAGUGGCUACAAUCCUUCACCAUCUUUUUCUGUUUUUUUUGUUCGAUCAAUGGCUUUCUCAUGUUCUCUCAGUCUUACCCCUUUUUAUUGGAAACCCUAUGCCCGUUUCCGAUGAUUCUUUCUUUGGUAAUUGUAAUAUCUGUAUGGAAUGCUGCCUGGAAGUGAAUUCACGGGAAAUAUUGCAUCAUUAUAUGAUUUCACUUCUGUUUGUAUCACUUGGAAACCAACCUGGCUUUCUAUGUUGGUGCCAGGAAUGUGGUGCAACCAUAGACGACUGUGUGAAACACUCCACCUAAGUGCAAACUGUAACAUGUCAUUGGUGGCUAAUGCCCAGAAUUGAUUCUCUAUUUAUAGAGAAUGUCUCUUACAUUUAUUAAAAUUGUCAUUUCACACAUUGUGUUGCAUUUAUUUUAUGUGGUUUUGGGUUUCUUCAAUUCAAAUUUAAACUUACAUUUACAGUAUUUGCAAUUUGAUUAUAUGGGCAUGGCAUGGCGAUUUUGUAGAUCAGCCUAUAUUUUUGUCUGUUUUUCUGAUGCUACCUCCACCCCCCUCUCUUCUGGACUCUGGUCAGUGUUGGUCAUCCCAACCCUAUAUCUUGGUCUCCCUUUUUCUUAAAGCUCAGGAGUUCGGUGUGGUUAUGAAGCUCAGUGAUACACAUUUAGUUUGUAAAUAAGAGUGGGAUUUGGGUCCUAAUGUCCUUUUCUUGAAUCUCCAUAUUGGUGUGAAAAAGAGCUCCACAGCAAUGUGUCUUUAGGGAAGACACUAUAAACGCCAAAAACCUCUAGAAUAUAAGCUCAUUGAGCCGGGCCCUCCACCUCUCUGUUCCUGUACGUCCAGUUGUCUGGUUACAAUUACAUGUCUGUUAGUCCACCCAUUGUACAGUGCUAUGGAAUCUGAGGGCGCUAUAUAAAUUAUAUAGUAAUAAAAACAACCUACGUUUAAAUUGUGGUUCUGGUGUAUAGACCAAUCGGAUCAUUCUCGAUGUCUGAUUAAAGUUCAUUAAUAAAUCCGUAUAUACAAACUUCUAAAGUAAACACACGGUGCUGUCACAUCUGAUUGCAAAUUAAACCAUUCUUUUUCACAGAGGCUGUGUGUGUCACUGGUAGGGCUGCGUAAACAGAAUCAAAAGGGAUUUAAAUCCGGUUAAUGGCAGAGAAUGGAACUAAAACUGCUUCAUUAAGCUAAACUAAAUCUUUCUUUUUUACGGUCUAUUAAUUACAAUGCACAUGUUUUAGAAAUCAGUCUGUGUAAAUAAGAUACAUGUGUUCUAAAUUACAUUUUAGUUGUAUAAAUUGUUAUUAGUGGGCCAGUUAAAUUUAUCAGAACAACCCCACCACUGACCGGCCACACACCCCUAAAAUAAAGUGCCCCUCUUUGUCCAUUGAAAUUGUUGGGAGGUGUGGGUGCUAUAUCUAGGUUUGUGUGAAACUAAAAAAGAUCAGUGGCGUUUUGUCUGCCUCUUUCGUCCAGUGCUUCCUUCCCAUGUUUUAUUCAGUGUGUGUUUUUCCUGUGUUGGUGGGCCAGCUGUUCUUGGAUGCGAUUUAAAGAAUUACCUUGUGCAGCAAUGAGUCUGUCUGUCUGUCUGUCUUUGAGCCUCAUCCUCUUUUUUUUUUUUUUACAAGGUCACCGUAUCCUACACAUAACAAUUGCCUUGGUGCAGACAUAGAAUUUCAGAGCCUGAUAAGGUUUCCUUGGCAACCCACAUGCUAUUUGUUUAUAUUUCCAUGCCGCAUUGACUGUAUUCUGCCAUUUAAUGUACUUAGUCAAAAGACUUUUGUUCACAAUGCUCUGAUCAAGAAGUCAUUUUAGGUCUUUCUCCAAAGAUAUUUAAUGUUCUAAUUUAAUCUGUUACAUGUUUCAUUCACUGUUUUGCAGUUUUAUGUAGUUAAACGUAACCAUGUUUAACAAGUAGCGUGUGUGUUCGUUCAGAAACUUUCAAAAUCUUGUGUUUAUUUAAAGCUCUAACCAACUCUAGCCCCUCUUACAUUCCUUUCCUGAUUCAUAGGUAUGCCCCUUGUCGGUCUCUCCGCUCUGCCGGUGACCAUCUCCUGUCCGCUGCUUGCACCCUUACUGCUAACUCUCGCGGGUGGCUCCCUUCUUUCGGAACAGCCUGCCUACCCCCAUCAGACUCUCCCCUACUCUUCAAUUGUUUAAAAAGUCCCUCAUAACACAUCUGUUCAGAAAUGCUCAUGGACUCCCAGAGUAACUUAUCUAUACUUGCCCAAGUCUGUCUCUUGCUCUCCUAAAAAAAAACAUACUCCCCUCUCUCCUCCAGCUCUACUACUUUUCCACCUUGUUUGGUGGCGGUCACCCUUGCUGCCCUGUUGUGUAUUUGUGCCCCACCUGCUCUAGACUGUAAGCUCGUUUGAGCAGGGUCCUCCUCUACCUACUGUUCCUUUGUCACUGUGUAAUUGUCUCAUGUAUUGUAAAUGUCCCCCGCUUUCAUAAUAUUGUAAAGCACUGCGGAAUAUAAAUACCAAUAAUAAUAAUUGGUUUGUAUUGUUAGUCCAAUGGAAAACGCGUACGUGUGUAGAGAAAAGAAAACAAAAAAACCUAUAUAAAUUGUAUAUUUACCUCAGUCUCCCUCACCCCACACAAUGAAAAAUCCUAAAUAUAAUAGGUGCCCAUUAUUUAAAUUGUAGGCAGAAAGUCUGUCACAUGGGCCGUAUCACACUUGACAGCUGGAGUAUUGCAGGUAGCCUUCCCUGUGUUGGUACAUAAUUGGAAUACAGUGAAUAAUUUGAGAAAUGAAACCAAAUUAUAUUUAUAUUGACCUUGACCUGGAAACCAGUAUCUCUGACAUUUCCAGGUUUGCUAACGUACUCCGCACAUCUCCCCUUCCCAUUCACACUAUGAGCAGGUCAAAGGGAAUUCUAGGUCAAUCCCUUUACAUUUCGUAUAUAUUUCUAAAAGAAUCUAGUUGUGGUUUUAAUGAUUUGGAAAUUACCCAGAGGAGAUCUGUGAGCACUCAAAUACAAUUCCCUUAUUUGUUUAAUCGUUUAAGCUGUCCUUCCCUGACAUCUGAUCCAGUUUACCAUCGAAUUUGUGUAAAUAGUUAACUUUAUUUUUUACAUUUCCCAUACGGAAAUAGACGUUCAAGCUGCUGCAUCACCUGUAAAAUUAGGAUUGAACAGACUUCCUGUGAUACAGGAAGUCUUGAUUUGUUCUUCCUAGAUAAUGUUCGUGCAACCGGACGUAACGCGUAGUGAUUCUGGGAUACAUAAACACUGUCUCUCUCCAAAACGGCAUUUCAUAUCUAGCCAGCAUGUGAAACCGGGCAGAAAAGAAAUCUAAAAUAAUGGCUUUAUUAUUAGAAUUGAAAAGGGUUUUUGAGAUUCACUCACCAGAAAUUAACUUUUAAUCACUUAAAUAAAAAAAAAAUAUAUAUUUUUUUAUUGAAAUUAUUUCAGUUCUAGAUUUCUUUUCUUGCUUUAUUAAAUUACUGUUGUGUUUUGCAUUUGAAACAUCUCUGUACUUUCUCUUUAAAAUAGGAUAGACACUGUACUGUUUGAUUCUCGAAGCUGGGAAUCCAGUUUUUAAAAUCACGGCAUAAAUGCAUAACGUUCAUUGUAUGGAAAAGCUUCCUAAAAUAACCCUGUGAAAAUUGACAAGACAGCUGUAUCUGCACCCACCCCCAGGUCUUGAAAUAACACUUCCAUGCUCUAGAAAAACAAAUUGGCUAACCUCUCAUCAGCCGUUUGCCCAAAAGCAUGUUCAAAAAUCUAUGCAAAUUGCGCACGGUACAGAGUACUUUUUCUUUUUUUUCUUUUUUUAAUUGUUCUUUUCCGUUACUUGCAAUUGCCGAUGGGGCGGACGUUUUUCAUAAAUAGGUCAUGUUGGUUCUUUAACACCUCAUGGUGUGUAUAUCUGGGAAUGGGCUGGAUAUUGUCUGUGUUAGUCUCUGGUGUCGUACACGCUGAAAAUGACAAAAAUGCUUUGCGACUCUAGUAUGUAUGUGCUCUCGGUUCGACAACUCUGAAUUUCUAUUUAAAAUCCACUUUGAAUUAUCACUGUUAUCAUGGAAGCACUCCACGUGAUUGCAGUUGUAGCUUGUCAUUUUGUUGUAGUUUUCAUGUUUCUUCAGGAACCGAGCUAUAGAUUCGGCAACUGUGUCCAUGGACCAAUGUGAAUGAGUCCGUUAAAGGAGAUGGGGGACGUGCUCUGCACACACCCUGAUGUUUGUUGCCAUCUUGUCAUUAGGGUGUUUUAUUGUCGUUUGUUAAAAAUUUAAUUGCGUGAAGGCAGACCUGGAUAGGGUGAUACCUUGCAACAUGUGAUCUCUACAAAUUAUUGCGGUUUGUGUGAUGAUCUCAUCUCGCAAACUACACUUGAUUGAUUCGAUCUCCAAACGUAUUUUAAUAAACAAGGUUCUCCAUAUCUAUGACAGAAAGUUUAAACUUUACAAAGGAAUGUUUUUAUACCUUCGUAGCACACUGCGGGUUACUUAUUCUAUGCUUAACUGACAUGUAUUCUUUCUCUUCCUAGGUGUCAUUAUGGCUGGCAAGGACAAUACUGCACCAAGUGCGUUCCGUAUCCUGGCUGUAUACAUGGCAGCUGUCGUGGGCCUUGGCAGUGUAACUGUGAGACCAACUGGGGUGGUCUGCUCUGCAACAAAGGUAUAUCGUCCACAUCUUGCCUUUUCACUUUGUGUUUCUGCAGAGAGUAGCUUUCCUCUUGCACAUCCCCGAUGGCCUUCACAUUCAGCAAGUGGUGGAAUGCUUUGAUUUCGAAGUGUGCCCCAAUUCCCUUUGCUUCAGAGGCCAGGUCACGAACAAGUAACCAAUAUCCACUUGCAUUGUGUUAAAUGCAAAAUGCAUUGUGUUAAAGACUGCAGGCUAGGCAGGUCAAAAUAGGCUAUUUUUAGGGAAUCCCCUGUGAGUUUGGUGCUCUUUUAGAGGGCCGUUUUAAUUUAGUCUAGCAAAGUGGAUCUCAUGCUAUCGGCAUCUUUAAAGGCCUGUUGCUUUAACCUCUUUCUACACAAGUGGCGUGUAACACAUUGCAGAGCAAGCCCCCAGCAGCUCGCAUACGACAAUGUGAAGCAUUUGUCAACCUUUCUUCACUCGACUAUUAUCAUUCGCUGUUGCUUUUUGUGCACACAUGAAAAAGAACAAGGUGCCAGACCAACCCGUGAUGAUAACUUGAGGUCAGCAUGGUGUAACCAGAGCAAUUUUAAAAGCAGGAAACUAGUGCAACGCUGACAGUUGAAAGCUAUUUGUGGAUGGAUUCACAUUUCUGUUGAACUUAUUUAAAUGGUUUUAAACCUGUUUUAACUGCCGUCAUAUCUGCUCAGAAAUUGUUUAGAGCAGCAGAGGGGUAUGCAACAUAUUUAUAGUGAAGCUGAUUUUGUCUACGCUCCUGGUUCUACUGGGAAGCAUCAGUCUGAGCUAGCUGGAAAGUUACCAGUUUUCCAUGGACGCUUUAAUAGAUCUAUGUCAUGUGUGGUAUCCCUAAAAAAAUGCCACCGUUAAAACACAGUAUAAGAAAUGCGCAGUGUCAUUUGAGAUACCCUAUGAUUCAGAUGCGUCACAAUACCUUUAAUAAUAGAAGCGUUUUUAAUCUCCACUUUAAUUUGGGUGUACCAACACUCGUAAUAUUGUUGACUGACUGAUAUUCUGCUCUUCCCUGGGUAAGAGUGAUGGGAGUUAUGGUUGGUUCUUUCCAGUGUCCACAUUAAGUGGUACAUUUCAAAGUGCCGAUCCCUGAUGAACUCUUUGCCUUGUAAUUUUUAUUUAUUUUUUUCAAAUUUUGUAUCCUUUUGUGUUUAUUUCAAAGAUCUAAACUUCUGUGGAACACAUCGUCCAUGUUUAAAUGGUGGAACAUGCAUGAAUGCCGAACCAGACAAAUAUCAUUGCAUUUGUCCAGAAGGCUACUUGGGAAAGAACUGUGAAAUUGGUAGGUUCCUGUCUAUUGCUAUACCUAUCUAUGUAUUUCUUCCAUAAUUGUUGUAUUGCAUUUUUUGCAUACUUUGCACACUGUUUCUUGCCUUCAGUAUCUACACAAUUUGAUUGACCUCUUCCUGGAGCUCAGAACGCUGUGCAAGAGAACACUUUUUGGGUGUGAUGACCCGAUUAUCACAAUGCAUUUUAUUUAAUUUGUUUUACUACAAUAGGUGUAUUUUCUUUUUUUUUUUUUUUUAAUCUAAAACUGAUAUUAAAUAAUAUAUUCAUAUCUCUGUAGGAUGUUUAUUUAAAAAUAUUAGGGUUGGGGUAGAUGUUGAUGUACAACAUUAAAGGGACAAUCCAGACCCCUAAAUAGCUGAUGCUGGUUUCCCUGUUGCAAAUAAAAAAAAAAAAAAAAAUUAAAUUUUAAUAUUAAAUGCAAAAUUCAUCUAACUUGUUUUUAUUUACUUCAUUUAAGCCGAGCAUGCAUGUGCUUCCAAUCCUUGUGCUAACGAUGGUGUCUGCCAUGAAGUCUCCUCUGGCUUUGAGUGUCAUUGUCCACCAGGUUGGACUGGACCAACUUGUGCAAUUGGUAGGUUACUUUUAAUUUAUCUUAUUUUGUUUAUAGUUUCACUUCUUUAUGAUUAUUUUCAUGAUGGAGUUUUAACACGUUUAUACACGUUUCUUGUUCUGCAGACAUUGAUGAAUGCGCAUCUAACCCUUGUGCGCGUGGUGGGAUAUGUAAAGAUCUUAUCAAUGGCUUUGAGUGCAUUUGCCCCCCACAGUGGGUAGGAACCACGUGUCAGCUUGGUAAGACACAAACCCAAUCCAGUCACUCUGUAUUACAAAUUGGUUAAUGCGUUUCAUAACUCUGAACACACAAGGUAUUUAAAAUGUUAGCUGAGAUAAGUCAGGUGAUCACCCGAGGGGAAACUCCUAUGACUUAAUUCUUUUAAACCUACAAGAGUCAAGUCUAGUCCAGUCCUAGAUGCAGUUAUGUAUAUCUUAAUGGUUUUGUUUUUUCACCCUCCCUUCACCCUCUCCAUAAUCCAUACUUGUCUGGUUAUUUUUAUUUUUAUUUUGUUUGUUGAUGUUAAAGCUGACCUAUCACCAUAAAAUAACACUUUUAGUGACUACUGAGCCAAAUUUUGUAUUUAUUUCGAAGGCUGUUUUACCAGCAAAUAUAUUGAUCUCGUGUAACUUCUAUAUGUUCUAGUCAACUGUUUGAGUGCAUUGACUGUCCAUUAGAGGGGCAUUAUGGGCUUUAAAAUGAUUUAUUCUAAUUCAACUAAGUAAAUAACUUGUUUUGCCCAAUACGUUCUUGUCUGUUCAUCAGUCCCUUGCAAAUUUUACAGCUGCACAACUGCAGUAGGGGUUGGGGAGGGUACAGUGCAUUGCAUCAUCCUUGUACAUACCUGCUCAAUGCAGAGAGACUGAAUGGGCUGUAUUGAAGAAAUUACUUCAUUCAAUCAAAAAGUUUAAAGGGAAACUCCAGUGCUAGGAAAACAAUCUGUUUUCCUGGCACUGCAGGUCCCCUCUCCCUCCCACCACCCAUCCCCCGGUAGCUGAAGGGGUGAAAACCCCUUCAGGUCACUUACCUGAGACCCCGCCGAUGUCCCUCGGCGGUGGUUUCUUUUCGCCACCGCUCCUCCCAGUGAUUCCGUCAGCCGGUGGGCAAGACUGAUCCCGCCCGCCGGCUGAGGAAACCUACUGCGCAUGCGUGGCAAUGCCGCGCAUGCGCAUUAGAGCUCCUUAUAGGAAAGCAUUGAAAAUGCUUUUCAAUGCUUUCCUAUGGGGAAUUGAGCGACGCUGGAGGUUAUCAUACAACGUGAGGGCGUCCAGCGACGCUCUUUCCUGUGCUAGGGACACAGAAGUGCCCUCUAGUGGCUGUCUACUAGACGGCCACUAGAGGUGGAGUUAACCCUGCAAGGUAAUUAUUGCAGUUUAUAAAAAAAAAAAAAACUGCAGUAAUUACACUUGCAGGGUUAAGAGUAGUGUGAGUUGGCACCCAGACCACUCCAAUGGGCAGAAGUGGUCUGGGUGCCAACAGUGUCCCUUUAAUGGGAUACAAAACUGUAUUCCUGUCACUAUAGUUUCCUCUGCCUCCCCCCGGGGUAAAAACACUUACCUGUUCUCAGCGUUGAGGAACAUUGCUGAUGUCUAUCAACGUGUGGGCGCUAAUGGGCAUGCGCAGUGAGUGCCACGCACGCAUUGGGCCUCCCCAUAGGAAAGUAUUGAAUCAAUGCUUUCCUACCAGGAAAUGGCUAAUGCUGGAUGUUCUCAUACAUAGCAUGAGGAUGUCCAGUGUCAGUUACGGGACCAAAAGUCAGAUAACAACAUCCAGGAAGCUCCUCUAGUGGCUGUCUGGUAGACCGCCACUGGAGGCAGAGUUAGUGCUGCAAUGUAAACAUUGCACUUUCUCUGGAACCAAGCACCAAGUGAAAUAGGGACCCUGCAUCCAGACAACUUCAAUGAGCUGAAGUGGUCUGGGUGCCUAUAGGGUCCCUUUAAAUGAAACCGCACAAAUUUCUUUGCUAUUUUUCUGUUUUAUGGUUGGAAAGGAUUACCAGGUGACUGCUAAAGGACAGAGACCGUAUGAUUGACAGCUGGAAGUAGUGCUCAUAUAGACCGCUAUGGGAGCACCAGGGUCAGAAAGCGGGUUUCAGAUACUAAUUUAGCAAAAGCUCACAAUGGGUGCUGCAAAUCCUGGAGAAUGCAGAAAACACAGUAACAUAAAAAGGGUGUGCACGAUCUAUAAUUUCAUUUCUUUUUUCAUUAAUGGGAUGCACUAAAUAAACGGGGGUCCAAUACAUCGUGUCUCUUUAAUGACUGCUGAGCAUCUAUGCCUAUACUAUACGGUUUUCUUAUUUUAGUGUCCGUUCCUUUCUCUGGUGAUAGGUCUGCUUUAACCGCUAUAUAUUUAAAUCGGUGGUGGGAACAUUGUCCUGGUUUGAAGGAAUACAAUCUGUGAACUAAUGCAUUUUAAAUGAAGGUCUUGUUCAGUUUGUGAGUUACUACCAUUAACCUAGCAUGAAACUGCAAGCGGCCAGUAUGUUAUAUCACGGGCAUGCGGGUGUGUACAGCUUGCAUGGGACUCUAAUGGUGAUGGGGUGCUGCCAUAUGAUCUGUUGGUGUUUUUAUUUGGUGCUGGGGAAAUCUUAAUUUGUGUUUUUUGCUUGUUUUUGUUUUUGUGUUGGUCCUUCAUAUGUCUUCUUUUGUCUUGUUUCACAGAUGCUAAUGAGUGUGAGGGGAAACCCUGUCUUAAUGCUUAUUCUUGCAGAAAUCUGAUUGGUGGAUAUUACUGUGACUGCAUUCCAGGAUGGGCGGGACUAAAUUGUCAUAUCAGUUAGUAUUUAAUGGUUUAUAAAAAGAUUCCAGCACUCUUAUCAGAAUUAGAACUACACAUUGAUUCAGUGGCUCUGUUGGAGAAUGCCUCCUUUUUUAAUGCUCUUUACAGAAGCUGCUCUGUGUUCUCUGAAGUGAAUUUCCACUUUUUUUUCUUUAUAAACUUUCAUUUUUUUUAUUUUAAACUUGCUGUAAUUAUUUGAUAAGCAUUGUUUCUAUAUAGAUGUGUUCUCUAAGAAUGUUUGUUUUAUUGCAGAUGUCAAUGAGUGCCACGGGCAAUGUCAAAAUAAGGGCAUAUGCAAGGUGGGUCGUGUUUCCUGCUCUUAUCUGUAUCUUCUGAGUGUCCUGUGUAUCUGUCACUUUAUAUUACAUAUAAAGACAUUUAAAGAUCCCCGUCUGUAAAGAUUGCCAUCACUGCGAUCUACCAGAAUUAUAGCAGUUUUUAUAAAAUGUAUGCCUCUCUGAUGUGAAAAAUAAAUUCUACCUUUUUUCUAAUCUGAUCUACAUCAUUUGUGAAUGUUACUGAAUACUGGAAAUAUUUGAUCUCGGUGAUUGAAACAGGGGUGUAACAUCUUUGCAUUAACUUUUUAAUUGACAUACACAAAGAAAACGUUUAUUUUUAUUUUUUUGUAGCAGACCUAGUGCCCCUUGAUACGAGAUGGGCACAGUUUGAAGGUUACGGCUUACCAAAUCAUUGCAUUAUUCUCAAUGCACUCCUAUAUGGAUGGCUGCUGACCUAUUUUUAAAGAAUUUGUUCAUACUUUUUAAACCUGGAACAUUUCCUAUAGACGAAUGACUGCCAUAUAUUUUAAAAAGCUCCACCGUCCUCCGAUCACAUCUUACAUUCUUUAAAGAAUGUUCUGGAGUUAAAUGGUGGAGUGGGUUCUAGCUGAUGCUGUAUAGCUGAAACUAAUAAAGCUGUGAUUGAGUGCAUGUAUGAAACUGACUUGUCCAAUCUUGUAAAUAUAAAGUUUUAUAAAAAUCUGCCUCCCUUAGGUAAAACAGAAUGGAUAUCGCUGCUUCUGCCCUCGUGGAUUUGUUGGAAAGAACUGUGAGAGAGAAGUGAACGAGUGUUCCAGCAAUCCCUGUCUAAACGGAGGGGUCUGCAUUGACGAAAUCAAUAGGUUCCAUUGCAGUUGUCCCUCUGGAUAUGCUGGGGCCACGUGUGAGGUGAGUACUGGCUCUGCAGAUCUUGCUUCCAGCCAUGCAUAUCUUGUGGAAAGUCUGGUUUUGUUAGUGUGUUCGUAGGAUCUGUGCUUUGGGGGUCUUGGUUUUAAUCCCCUCUGUGAUGUUAUAAGUGGCCAUAUCGCUGCAGCAUUGCUUGUUUGCUGGUCUGUAUUGGUAUAUUCCAAAAACAUGACUUGCUAAUUCAAACAUUAACUGUAGUGUUGUGAGGACCUGUAUCAUUUCUUCAUCUUUCAUUUGUUAUUGGGACCUGACCAUAGCACAGUGAAAACAAGACACAUUCCAAAGUCCGUUCCUGUUCCAUCAGUAGGAUCCCAACAAAACCGUAUGUUUUUUUUUUUUGUUUUGUUUUAUUAGAUCACACUUUUUGAUGUGAAUACAGAGGGUUGAUAGUUUUGGAUCUCUGUGUCCAGUUUUUCAGUCUUAGAAAAAGUCUUUUAAAGUUAUGUCACUUGAUGCCAUGCACCUGAACUGGAGUUAUGGUUAUCAUUUCAGAUCAUUCAUAACUUUUUUUGUGAAUAAUCUACCACCCUCGCAGAUCUUGAGAUGUGAACACCCCUUCAGGGAUUCAUAACGGGGGGGGGGAGGGAUGAUAUGUAAUUCAUUGUAACUUUGUCUGUAGCAGCUCCUCUACCGCUUUAAAGUAUUUCAUUUUGUUGUCGAAGAUCAAGGAGUUUGCCGAAAAUCCAUAUGAAUUGAAGGAAGUUUAGACCACUUUGUCUAUAUCCUUACAACUAACCAUUAAACUUGAACUGGGACGGGAAACUUUGCUACAAAAGGAAACAAAUGAGUGCAACUGAUAGGAGACAUCUAAGGAAAAUAAAGCUUUUCUCACAGCCUUUGUUAGACUUCAGUCUUAACAUGCUUCAUUGAAAUGAAAUCUUAGCUGAUCCUGUCCUUGAGUCGUCUGACACUGCAGUCAAUUUAAUUUUUCUCCCCUAACCCAAAGCAACAUGUUUCUUUAACUUCAAUCAGAAAGUAUACAUGCUUCUACAAAUGAUAAAUUCCAUUCUAGAAUUCUUUAAGACAGACAGAGCUGUUGCUAAGCUGCUUGCUGUACACUAUGUAUGUAACUUUUUUGUUUUUUUUGUGAAAGGUAUUUUUAACACUCCCACAGUAAAAUGCUUUCAACACUGAGAUAGUACUCUUGCUGAAACCUUUUGUUGUGUUACCCUAUAACAUUACAGUUUAGCAAAAAAAAUUAGGGGGUGAUUUAAAAAAAAAAAAAAAUAUAUAUAUAUAUAUAUAUAUAUAUAUAUAUAUAUAUAUAUAUAUAUAUAUAUAUAUAUAUAUAUAUAUAUAUAUAUAUAUAUAUUUUUUUUUUUACGCCAGGAGUUUUUCCCAUGUGAAUGCUGGACUAUUAUUCCUUUUUUAUUUAUCCAACGGAGACUCGCAAAGCUACAGUUGUCUACGAAAUCUAUUUUUAUAUCGAGAUAAUAUGCACACUUAAAUAUAAAAUAAGAAUAUAAUCCCAUUUCGAUUUACCUACAUACAAAAUAUGUCUUGAUUAGGAGUCCAGUACUUUCAUAUCCACUACAACAAAGACAGUGAGGCCUUCUUGAUAUUUUGUAGAGCGUUUCCUAAUUACGCUUUGCCCGGUGUCCAGUGUAUAUCGUAUCACUAUAGAAAGCACUAUUCAAAACGUUUAGCCAACUAUCACAGUUUUGGGCAUGGAGUUGACAGUUCUCCUUAAGUAAGUGGAAUGAAAGAUCACAGUAAUGAAAAGUUGCCAGUGUUUUAUACUUUGGACAAAGUGUUUCCGAGUGAAUAUACAUUUAUACAAAUGGCUAUAAACUGCUCUCCAGCUAUAAUGAAGAGGACAUUCAAUGAGGCUUGAAGGAAGGAGAGAUAAGGGUUCCCUACAAUACGAAAAAUGCUCUGCCUUGAGAGGUUCCUUUUAUCAGAUUCGGCAAAUAUCUUUACAAAAACAGUCUGGAUGCUUUUUUGGCAAAGCAUGAUAUGAUGAACUAUAAAAGCGAAUGUGUGGAUUCUGACAUGGUGAAAUCUGAUUAUUACUUUGGAGUUGAGAAAUUCCCCCCUCUCCCCCACCCCAAUUUUUUUUUUUUUUGGUACGAUUGGAAAUCACUUCGUGUUGUCCUUCUUUGAUCGAUAGCAAAAAACGAAAGUUCAUCUUGAUGGUUGAAGAGUAAAGGGCACUUCACAGGAUUCCUGAUGUUUAUUCCUUCCCUAUAUUUAAGAAGUGUUUUGAGGUGUAGAAAUAAUUAAAUAAAUUCAGAAAUGCACAGCAUUGUGUUUAUCUCUAUCCAGAGUGUGCCCCAACUCUACCUCCUUGUUAAACAUUCGUUAUUAUAUAUAUAUAUAUACACUUGAAUGCAUAAAGACACCCCCUCCCCUUACAAAAAGUAUCUUUAUGGUGGCAGAGCUCAUCAGUAACAAUGUAUGUGCAGGCCAAGUUUAUGGCUUUUUUUUUUUUCCCCUCUGGGUUCCCCAAGUGACCGCUUACAUUUUCUUAUUUUUGCAGCCUAUAGAACACUAUUGAGUUCCUAAGUGCACAUGGUCUGGGACAUGGCACUGUCAUUUUUUAAAAUGGUUUAGUUAUUAUUGAAAUGCAGCCAAAACUGGUGCAUUUUUAGGUUGAUCUAAUGGUGGUAGUCUACAUGCUGGUCAUUGUAUAUAUGUGAGUUACUCUUGUGGGAGUAUUUGUUUGUUAUUUAUUUUGUAUAAAAUAUUUGACCUGGAAGGAGAGUUUCUCAUUUUGUAUAAAAUACAUUUACAUAUACAAUUUAUAAAUAAUAGGUGUAGUUGCUUUAUGAUUGAUGGUAGAUUGAAUAACCUGACAUGGAGUAUAAAAAAACCUGCCACAGUCGGAAAUCCUAAAAACAUUGACAUCAACGUGCCGAGCUCUUAAAGGGAAAACCUGCUAUACUAACUUGUUCAUUAAUUAGUUCCUAUAUCUAUCUGGGUUGGGCCACAAUAUUUGUAAAGCUGGUCUGUCACUGUCCGAGGUGUUUGCAUAUUUUACAAAGUAUCACAUCUUCUAGCCUCUAGCAUUGCAAAGCAUCAUGUAUUGACCUUUAAGGCUGUUCUGGGCUAAAGAAUAAUUAGUGAGGGUUAGGACUUUAACACUCUGGCAGCCAUCUUGAAAUGUACUUAUCCCAAAAACAGGAGCUUAUUUAAAUAUAUUCACCUGUUUAAAUAAUGAAACAAAGGAAUGGGUCACAAAAGUCCCAGUUUUGGAUUUAGUAAGCUUUUUGGGGGGGUGGGAGGUUGCCCAACAACAGUUUGUAAAAUGCUUUGUCAAAUAGAUCAACUUUUAUUUUUUCUUUCUUUUCAUUUGGCGUUAAAUUAGGUGACCAGACCCAACCAGAUUCCAGGGAUGCGUGAUAUUUGAGUUGUUAACACAACCACCAAAUAGUGUGAGGUAGCCACACCAAAAGGAAACUUAUGUCAGACAGGGGACAAGGAAGCUCUUGUCGUUUCCUUGUUUCACAAAGAUUUACACGUACAGGAUAUCAUUGCAAACAAAGCUAGCAUCUUUGGGAAUAAAGGACUCUCGUUGCUUUUCGGUUGGUCUACAGAUUUUAACACUGCACGCCCCUUUAACAGGAAAAUUGGUGUCAUUUUAAAAUGUUAAAUUAUUUUUGCUCUGUGUUUUGACAUUUCUCGACUGCAUUAUGUCAUUUUUCUAAUUACAGGAAUGUACAUAAUUAUAAUGUAAAAAAUGAGUGACGUGCUUCACUGCCUGGACAGGAUUCACACUCUGUUUAUUUUAUAUAGUUCCGAAUGUCUUUACUUGCUGUGCGCAAGUUAACACACAGCCCUCUGACCCUUUGUCCUAUGUUGGAUCAAGAGUGCAAACGUUGUUGGGAUUGAAUAGCAUUCAACCAGUUUCAAGACUGGAGAUAGAUCUUUGUAUAUUCUAAGUAUUACAACAAACACAGGAACUCGAGAGAGGGAGGGGAGGUUAUUAAAAAAAAUAUAUAUAUAUAUUACACACACAGAUACAAAGCAUAAUAACAAUUGGCAUUAAGUCCAGUUUUGUGUCCCUUUUUACAAUGAAUAUUUCAGCCAUACUAUUGUAGCUUCUUCUUAAGGGCCAGGUUAAAUUUCCGCACAGUAGAGGACAUCCGUGCAGGUGGACUGCCAAAACUUGUUUUUAGAAGACUCCAGUUUAUUAUUAACAGUGUUGGCAGUUGGGCUGUUUUACAUCAGAGAGGUGCCAAACAGAGCCCUAAACGGUGUAUUUGAGCUGCUCAACUUUGAAUUCUUUUGAUGUUCUAGCAACCAGCUGAUUGGUAGCCGUGUCUUGCCAACACGUUUGCAUUUUAAUCUUUUAAAAUUGAUUUGGUAGCCGUCACCCUGACUGCGACAGACGUUUUGUGUGUGUGUGUCCUGGAAGAAAAGGUUUUUUAGUUGGAUAAGGGAAAGAGUGAUAUUGCACAGCUCAUAAAAUUAAAUUAUCAGCCAUCUGCCUCUACUGGGUAUUUUAUUUUUAUUAGUUUGGUUAUUGUGGAAUUUGCAUAAUCCUACUUGGUUUUGCCAAACUAUGGCCUCACUUUAAUGGUGUAUCGGUUUCAGCUUUACAAAUGAUUUAAUAUUUGUGGAUAAACUUCUAAAAAAAACUUUCUUUGAAAAGUCCUAAAAAAAAAAAAAAAGUGUAAAAAUAUUACAAAAUGUAAAACAUUUUUCACAAUGUUUAAUAUUUUGGAAAACUAAAAAUAUAUUAAAUAGAGGCCUAUGUCCCUGGUCUUCUGUUCAGUUAGAAUACACCUAUAAUGUGUAAAGGCGUUAUGCGAACGAAUAACUCGUAGAAUUAAAACUUGAUGACGUGCCACACGGCUUUGCUGAUAUCCUUAUACGUUGUUUUUUUUUUUUUAUGUUUAAAAAAAAAAAAAAAGUUUGAUUUUUAUAUUUAUGUAUUUUGUUGGGGGAGAUGUAUCAAAGUUUAUGACUUGGUUGUGUCUGGUUUCAAUAAAUGCAAGGAAGACAAGUUGAAGCCCAUCUAUUAAGAUUGACUGCCAUAAAAGGAUAUCACUGCAUACAAGUUUACAUGGGUUUAACAUUUGUUUAAGUUGGGCAUUUUUGUCCUAAUGGCUGCAGACAGACAUUCAACCUGAGGCUGCAACAUUUGUAAAUUGCAAAGAAAUGCUGAAUUUCAAAUGUAAAAUUGUAUAAAUAAUGUAAAGCAAAUGUAUGGCAUUUUCAGAUUGUUAGUGGGGGUUUUCCCCCCCUCUUAUUUUGAUUUACAAACUGUUAGAUUUUUGUGAAAUGCUCGUUUGUUUUUGUUUUUUGUUUUUUUUAUAAUAGAAACCUAUGAAGUCAAUAAUAUGUAGUGACUGCUGCCAAAUAUGCCUCAGGUGUUUGAACUUAGCAGUGUGCAGAGCUGUAGGACUUCCAUAUGAUCAUAGACCAACUGUGGUUCAUUUGUAGUGUUUUAUCUGUGUUUUGUUUAGGAGAUUACGAUUUUUUUAAUUUUUUUUUUUUGUUUUUUUUUUUUGCAAUUAGAAUAAAAACACAUGUUUAUAGAAGUUUAAUAUAUUUGUUAUAAGGGCUGUUUAAGACCAACGGUACAGUACAAGACGACAAAACUCUUAAAAUAUAAAUGCUCCCAUCAAUGUUUUAAUACAUUUUGGUGUGUUAAUGCCUGGCCCUAUUCCAGCCUCGGUAUUUGCACGUAGAUGAAGCCUGGACAUGCUGCAUAUUGAUUGUAUGAACGUUUUUGCACACCAAUGUAAUCCUAAAUUUGUCAAUAGCUUUAUCUACUUACAGUUCAUAUCAUACACGCUGCUGCUUCUAGAUUCUGUAUUUUCCAGAGUGAAAAUGUCCUAAAUUCUACCUGUAUUAUGUGUUCUUAUUGGAUUUUCGGAUUAGUCAGUGCAAAUUUAGUUCACACGAGUCUGCAUAGGAACAGGUUUUACUUAAAAGUCAAGAAUUUAAUAGAAAAACUGCAAUCCUCAGAGCUGCUGGGUCACUUCAGACAAAAGUCAAUUAACCCCUUAAGGACACAUUACAUUCACAAUUCCUUUUUAUUCCAGAAGUUUGGUCCUCAAGGGGUUAGAGGAGUACAGUGGGGUUGUGAAAUGGUAACCAUUUAUUAGAUGGUACUGAAAGUAAAUCAAAACCAAGUGUAUAUUUAAAGUACUAUAUAAAAACCACAUAUAGAAAAUAAAUACAAAAAUUCAUGUUGGUGUUGAGCUCUCAUUUUUGUGUCUUCCAUUUUUCUACAGGUUGAUAUUGAUUUUUGUGAUCCUAACCCGUGUCAGAACAAGGCCCAAUGUUAUAAUAUUGGGGGCGAUUACUACUGCGCAUGCGCCGAUGACUACGAUGGAAAGAACUGCUCACAUCUUAAGGAUCAUUGUAAAGACAGCUCUUGCAAAGGUGAAAGGAAAAAUGCUGACUUGUAAAAUACUUAAUUAGGUGCAAGUUUUAUGAUUUAUAUCUGUUGGAUUUUAUUUUAAUAUGACGCCUUGUCCAGUGUCUAAGAAUUCAUAGCUUUAAUCUACACACUGGAAACACCCAUGCCCUGCAUUACUGUGCAGACGCUCUUUUACGUGUGCUUGUAGUUAGUUGCUAUUUCAGGCUGAUGUGGAGCCCGUAGUCCUGAGUUUUGUCAGUGAACUCUUUAUGCAGCUGAUCGUGAGCGUCUCAGUGUCACUAAUGUGUCCUCUUUUAUUUUUAGUCAUAGACAGCUGUACAAUAGCGAUUUCUUCUAAUGCCACCCAGGAAGGUAUCCGUUACAUCUCCUCUAAUGUUUGCGGGCCUCACGGACGGUGCAUUAGUUUACCAGGGGGGAAUUUCACCUGUUCUUGCGACAGAGGUUUCACUGGCGCAUAUUGCCAUGAGAGUAAGUGAAGAUCUUUUAAAACGCUUGUUAUACGCACCCCCAACAAAAAAAAUUGGGAACGGUUUCUGCCUUACAAAUGCCUGCGAAUUGUCUCUCUUGGGGUAAAAACUAAUUUAUUUAUUUAUUUUUUUUUUUUUUAUUUGUCUUCUCUCCUAGACAUAAAUGACUGUCUUGGUAAUCCUUGUAAAAAUGGCGGGACGUGUACCGACGAAGUUGAUUCUUUCAAGUGCUUUUGUCCAAAUGGUUUUGGAGGAGAACUCUGUGACAUAAGUAGGUUGGAUCAGAAAUCCUAUUUUUAAAGUUCCUUAGAGGAGGGCUGGUGGAGAUUAACAAAGCAGAUAUUUGACAUUCUACCUGGAUUUUGUUUCUUUGUUAAUAUACUUAAUAUUUUCUCUAGAUUACAAUGACUGUAAUCCUAACCCAUGUCAAAAUGAUGGAAGGUGCAUCGAUCUAGUGAAUGAUUUCGUCUGCGAAUGUCAAAAUGGGUGGAAAGGCAAAACUUGUCAUUCACGUAAGCAUAUCAUGUUGUGUUUGUUUCCUACGGUAGAAUUAAAAUACUAUAUUGAUUGCAUCUGUUAGGAAUCCUAAUGGUUCUUAUAUUCUGAACAGGCGAAUACCAGUGUGAUUCAAACACCUGCAGUAAUGGAGGAACGUGUCAAGAUGCUGGGGACACAUUCCAAUGUCUUUGUCCAUCUGGAUGGGAAGGUGCCACGUGUAAUCUUGGUGAGUCCAUGUUUUCUUUCUAACCACUUGCUGUUCUAGAGCAGAAUAAUUACUAUUCUUAACGUAAUAAUCUAAGCAACACCGCCACUGCCACUUUCUGAAAUUACGAAUAAACUUUUUUAAAUCCACAUUUAAACUAAUCGAUCGCCCAUGAUUUACCUGUGGGGUCUUAUUCACGGAAUGAGACUUCACAGGUAAAUCCCUGAUGUUCGACCCGUUUUGGGUAUAGAUUAAAAGGAAUUUAUUCGGACGAACCAUCUAAAACUAGUUUUUGCACAAGUCUUGUGGCUAUUUUGCCUAGCGUGCUCAGUGCAAUGCCAUCAAUUUAACAAAAAAAAAUGUUUAAGGAAUAGUUUGAAAUAAAUUGGAAGUCUUCUCGGCAAACUGGGACCUUCCCCACCUCAACUGCAUUGAUAAUACUGAAUUAACACUUCAACAUGAUGAGUGUCCAUUUCAUCCAACCUGGAAUUACAUUGAUUGACUGAGAGUGUUGGGCUAACUUGACCUCAAUACUCCGGCGCCGUUUAAGCUGGAUUAAAUUGAGAAUGUGUAAUUAUCAAUGUCCAUGUGACUUAGAUGGGGCAGAGCCCCUGGUUUUAAACCCAAUCCAGGUUAUUCACAAAGGUGAGAAUUCUGAGUGAUUUUCAAAUUUAAGGGAAAAAUAGUCGAACUGGAAUAACUCUCUAAAUCAACUAUGCUUUCAAGUUUGACUAAUCUGGCCUUAAAUUUGAAAUUCACUUUGUAUUCACUUCGAAUAAUCACUUGGGUAAAUAACCCUGAAUCCGUCUGUCCUACCCCACCCCCUUUCUGGCUGCCUUAUGUGUUUCAGGUGUUUGGGUAGUUGUACUAUUAGCAUGACAAAUAAAAUCUUUUCUCCCUCUGUGGUUCUUGCCAAACCUUGGUAGCACAAAAUGUUUUUUGUUUAUUUUGAGCCAAAUUAUAGUAUUUUUCAUAGAAAAUAUUACCUGACUUGAAAUCUCAUUUCUAACCUUACUUAAAAUCCGUUUUGAUUUCUUGUGAACAGCAAAAAACAGCAGCUGUCUUCCCAACCCCUGUGCGAACGGCGGGACCUGUGUGGGCACUGCGGAUUCCUUUUCCUGCAUGUGUAAAGAAGGUUGGGAGGGCCGGACCUGCACGCAGAGUAAGCCUUCACUCAUUUUAUUUCUCUAUAUAUAUAUUUUUAUUCCUUUAGGAUAUUGGGUGUGGCCCAUAGCAUGUUCUAUCCUUUAAUUUAUUUGCCAACAUAUUUGACUCAUUUGGGAUGGGAGGUAGCUGAAGGGCACAGAAAAGCCUGUGUUUAAUGAAUUUAAAUUACAUUUUAUAGAUGUUUGUGUGUGCCUAAGGCUUUGCUGCACAAACAGGAGCUUCUUCAUUGUGUUCUUUCUUUAACUGUUCCCGUGCUGGAGGUACGCGCCAUGUGUACAAUUAAAAAUCACGCAUGAAUUUGAAUGUCUAAACACACUGAGAAAUCUUUCUAUAUAAAAGUUUCUUCCAAAUAGACAAUCGCCCACAGGGAUCCAAAUGUAAGAGUCCUAUGCUACUAGCCAGGCCUAAUAGUUACUAGCCACAGCGUACCUGGAGGUUCCGUGGCACACUCACUAGGGGUGAUUUCUUCUUCCCAGGGUUGAAUGUUCAUUCACCGGUGGCUGGCUAGUGAGUGGAAAUUUCGAGCCCUGCAAUAUACCAUCUUUGUUUCUGGUUCCCUAUUUAAUGCAUUUUAGUCAUUUUUGGGGAUUCCAUGUGCACAGAUUGUCACCUUUGUGAACAAUGAACUCUCUAAAUCUAGUCGUUUCAAGACAUUUAAUCUGUUCCCAUAACACUGCACCAUUGGUUUGUAAUGCGUAUCUUUUCCCAUGGGUUCAAGUAAUGUUCAUGCUGUUAGCUUUGUGACUCAUUCCAGAAUUAUAAACUUAAUUCUGUGACCAAUUCUGCACUUAUAAUUACUCCUCCUGAUAAAGCUGCCUCUAGCGCUGCCCCAGGAAAAGACAUGUAGGACCAUGUCUCUGAUCGUUGCUCAGUUCUGUUUUGAGCGAGUGUGAUACAAUGUCCUGUCAUCGCAUCAUUUAACUUCAUGGUUUAGUCUUUUCUAGGGUUAUAAUUCAGUAAAAGCAAACGUGUUUUGGGUAUAUGAUAACCUGAGAUGGUUAAAGAUACCAGCCAUUGGCCCCUGAAAUACAAUGUACCUUGCUAAAGCUUGUCAAAUCUUACAUUUUUAAUUUGCCAUAAAAUAGUGAAAUAUAUGAAAUUAUGCACUGUAUGAACUAAUAAUUGUUAAAAUAAGAAUGUUUCUAUAGACUUUAUUGGGUGGGAGGAUUUUAUACUAUUUAACGUUUUUGCAUGAACUAUUGAUAUUCUCAUACACUAAUUCAUUUUUUUUUUUUUUUUUUCACCUAUUUUAUAGAUACAAAUGACUGCAAUCCUUAUCCUUGGUAAGUGUUUAAAAAACAAUCUUGGGGAAACAGUUAUGGGGCUUAGAGUAUUUAUAUAAAUGUGUAUUACAUGUUUAGUGAUCUAAGGUGUCUCGGUGUGUAAAACUGGACUUGUGUGUGGGUAUUGCCAAAAUAGUCUGUAGAGUCCAGUAAGAACGUUAAUGUCUCCUCUCCUGCUCCAGCUAUAUUUAAACUAUGAUCUUUGUGUUUUCACAGCUACAAUGGUGGCAUUUGUGUCGAUGGAGUGAAUUGGUUUCGUUGUGAAUGUGCACCGGGAUUCGCUGGGCCUGACUGCAGAAUUAGUGAGUACUUGUCUAUUUCUUGUGGGAGGUUGGAUUUUGUCUGUGUUGUGUUUGCCUGUUCUAAGGUCCUUCAUACAGCCCCCAACAGAACGAUCUCUCUUAAUGAAAUCGCUAAACCACAGAUUAACGCACAUGUGCUAAAGGAGAAAUAACAUGGCUCUCAGGCCUGUAGUCCAUAACGAGAGGUUUUAAGAAUUGUGGGAAAAAAAAUAUUAAUUGUAAAGAGGUGGGGGUUGGUGACACUUUAUGAUGUACACCUCCUAACACUAGGAAGGGACACUUUUUUUUUUUUUUCUUCCCAGAACAGCCAAAAUUCUUUAUAGCAUGGAUUCAACGUGACUGAGACGCGACUGAGGAUUUGAAUAUUAUUAUUAUAAUUUUUUAUUUUUUUUGUACGAUUCUCUGUAAACUCUAGAGAUUGUGUAAGGAAAUCCCAGGAGUUCAGCAGUUUGUGAUACUCAGACCCAGGUCUGGCACUAACCAACCUUUCACGGCCAGAUUCUUCGAUUAGAUUUCUUCCCCAUUCUGAUGUUUGCUUUGAACAAGUGAAAUUUUUUUCACUGUGUUUGCUUUCUUUUUGAAAUUAAAGACCCAUGACCGGCUGCUUAUUUGCAUUAAUGAGGAGAUGUACCUAAUAAUUGAUCCCGGAGGAUACAGCUAGUCCUAUAUUGUAAUGCAUAUGUUUAUUAUUAAAUAUUUUUAUUUUUUUUUUUUUUUAAUUUUUUUUUUUGGGAGUAAUUUCUACAGUAGCACUUUUAAAAAAUGUGUUAUGAUUAAAACACUCCAGAUUGGAAACUCACCCACAUCACUUCGCACACUUCUCAGACACUUGGUCCCUCCAUUUUUUUUUUUUCUCUCAAUGUAAUUUUUCACCCUUUAGCUAGAAUAGCCGUAAAUCCAUCUAAGCGGUAUCUGUCUACCUGGCCCUAUUGGGGUUAUGUAAAAAGCGUGAUCAUGGGACAAUAUGCCAUAAAAACUAAUGUGAUGCUUUUGCUGACUGUGCCACAUUUAGAAUGUUGCAAUAGAAUCAAUCUUUAUAUGUGACAUCAUGGCUUCUGAAACUUGCCCUGACUUUCCAUUAAUAAAAACUGCGUUCAGUGUUUGCACGCCACAAUUUGAUCACUAUUUCCCGUUACUAGCUGUGUAAUCGUUCUUACCAUACUGGUCUUCCAACUUGUGAAAUAACCUUCAUAUUACAAUACAUGUCUCACUGAAGAUGUCUUCUUUAAUUCAGACACAUGUUAAGACCCAUUUUUAAUAAGUUAACCAGUCUUCGACAUCUGAGCAGAUCUUAUACUCUCUGAAUAUAUAAAUGUUUGUAAAGUCUACAAUAAAACCGUAGGUUUUAAAAGCCAUGUCUGUAAGUGUAAAAUCCUCAUCUAGAAUGAAUUCAAUGGAUCUUGUACUUUAAAUUGUAAUCCUGGAUUAGAAUACAGUAACUCUGAACUGCAUUUACGUAUAGCCAUUGCUCACCCUGAUAACUGUUUAUUAUCUUAAACUCUGUACGUAUGCGCUUGUGAGAUGUGUAUUUUACUUUCAUUUAUGAGGGCACAGCAGACGCAUUGUAAUAGUUUAAAAGUUUUUAAACGGCUGUUUAAAAAAAAAAACACAUCUGUCCAUGUGUUUGAAGCCGAGAAACUGCUGCCAGGUUUAAAUGCUGGGAAUCAAGCAAAGGAGAUUAAAGUAUAAAUUGAAUUUUAUUUGUUUUUGUUUAGACAUCGAUGAAUGUCAGUCUUCCCCUUGUGCAUAUGGUGCAACUUGUAUUGAUGAAAUCAAUGGCUACAGGUGUACGUGUCCUUCAGGAAGAGCUGGUCCAAGGUGUCAGGAAGGUAAUUUGUCUAGAUCAACAGAACUUUGCAUGUGGGGAGUAUCCAUACAUUGCAAUUCUUGGUCAAAGUUCAUGAAGUGGUGCAACCAGUGUUUUCCUGCUGACGGCUCUCUAUUCCUUUAGGUAUAAGGAGUAGACAAUAUGCAACUCACUGGUUGUUAAAUCACAUAUCUCUCUAGAUUAGUAGAUGGAGAAUGCUUUGUUACUUCUGUAGAUCUGAAUCCGUUGUCCUUACGUUGUCCCCUCUGCUUUCAGUGAUUGGCUUUGGAAGGUCCUGCUGGCUGAAAGGAAUGCUGUUUCCACAUGGAAGCAAAUGGGAUGAAGAGUGUAAUAGCUGUAAUUGUUUGGAUGGCUUUGCCGAUUGCACCAAGGUAUGGUAUAUUACAUGUAUUUAUGUGCUCCAUUCAAAGAGUCUUUUUUAAAACUAAGAAUACGGUUUGUGUGAGCUAGACAUGGUGAAGGUUUUCAUUAGCACAGAACAUUAAACAAAGCUAGCAUUGGAUUUUAAUUCCUGGUUCAUCACCCCUUACUAAAUGAAAUGAUGGCUAGCCUUGGGUCCCCUUGCUAAAUGAAAUGAUGGCUAGCCUUGGGUCCCCUUGCUAAAUGAAAUGAUGGCUAGCCUAGGGUCCCCUUGCUAAAUGAAAUGAUGGCUAGCCUUGGGUCCCCUUGCUAAAUGAAAUGAUGGCUAGCCUUGGGUCCCCUUGCUAAAUGAAAUGAUGGCUAGCCUUGGGUCCCCUUGCUAAAUGAAAUGAUGGCUAGCCUUGGGUCCCCUUGCUAAAUGAAAUGAUGGCUAGCCUUGGGUCCCCUUGCUAAAUGAAAUGAUGGCUAGCCUUGGGUCCUCUUAAUGAAAUGAUGGCUAGCCUUGGCUACUUAAGUUGUUGAGGACUGUGUGUUUCAGCAAUGUCAACAUGUGAAAUAUCACUGGAGAAGUAGUCAAGCUGACAUUGCAUCAUUGUAAAUCCUAGCCCACGUCUAUUGUAAAUGUUUAUAUCCUAUGAAAGAUGGGGUAGGGUCAGGUGCCUCUUAAUUAUGUCAACACAGCGCCCGUUAUUACAUUUCUCAUAACUCCACAAACCUGGCUACCUAAAUAAAAUAUGGAAAUGUGCAACUAGUGUCCAUUCUGUACAGCCUGUGGUAGUGGUUACGGUGCAUUGAAUGCUAGGGCAACGCUUCUGUGAAUGGUUUGGCUACAUACCCUGGAAUAACGUCAGGGCCCUCCUUGCACCUUAACUACUACAUUGGGCUGCAGUGGUUAUGGUGCUUCUUAGUUUACAGGUCUCUAAUUUACAUAUUGUAGCUUAAGGCAGCACAAAGGUGAACUCCAUUAGUGCUUAGCCAGGCUUUAGCAGGAUUUUUUCCAGCCUUUGUCUAUUUUUCUCCCUUGCUCUUUAUGGUAUGUUGUGUGUUGCUCACUCCAUGAGGAAACAUGCAGUAACAAACUUCAACCAGCGCACUGUUUGUUUUCCACAUUUAAAUAAAUUAUUUGCAUGUUUAACAAUUAAACAUUUUAAUUCCUUCCAGACUUGGUGUGGCCAGAAGCCGUGUUUGCUCGGAAACGGACAUGACGGCCAGUGUGCUCACGGUCAAGAAUGUGAACCAACUCUAUCAGGAGUUAAAUGCUUUCAGCCGCCGUGCAGUGAAUGGGGAGAGUGCAGUACGCCUGACAAACCUCCAGCUGCGCUCUCAUGCCUGCCAAACUCUGGGUACCUGGACAAUAACUGCGCUCGCUUAACCUUAAUCUUCAAUAAUGACAAGGUUCCCCAGGUAAGACUUCACUGGAUUCUGUUUACAUUCUGCUCUUUGGAAGAGAUGGUAACUUUACUUAGCUCCCUUUUGUGUGUUCCAUUUUUUCAGAUGUUUGUAUAACCAACUGAAAACUGUUUCUUCAAUGAAAUAGCUUGGGGGAAAUAAAAGUGAAACAUGUAUUCCUGACCCUAUAGUGUUAAAAACCCCAUCUUUCCCCCCCUGGCCCCUUAUGCCUCCAUAAAUAUAGCAAUUUUACUGUAUUGAAGCCUGAAGCUGUAGAUCUGCAUGCUGUUUGCCUCAGAAAAACAAGCUGUCUGCUGACAUCAUCAGAAGUGGUCGCCUGAUCCAAUCACAGUGCUUCCCCAUAGGAUUGGCUAAGACUGACAAGGAGGCAGAUCAGGGGCAGAGCCAGCAUGAUUCAAACACAGCCCUGGCCAAUCAGCAUCUCCUCAUAGAGAUGAAUUGAAUCAAUGAAUCUCUAUGAGGAAAGUUCAGUGUCUGCAUGCAGAGGGAGGAGACACUGAAUGUUUGGAUGCAUUUUAGGCAGCCAUGACCCAGGAAGGAUCUCUAACAGCCAUAGUGGCCAGUGAAGUUAUCACUAGGCUGUAAUGUAAACACUGCAUUUUCUCUGAAAAGACCGUGUUUACAGCAAAAAGCCUGAAGGUAAUGAUUCUACUCACCAGAACAAAUUCAAUAAGCUGUAGUUGUUCUGGUGACUAUAGUGUCCUUUUAAUGCUAAUUUGAAGAGCCCCCUUUUGUUAUUAAAAUGGGUAGGGGUUUACCUGAAACUUUUCUGUCUUUUACUGUUAUAGGUGCACAUAAUACAAAGCAGUGGAUAAAAUAAAUAUAUUUAUAUUCCUGUUGAAUUUUAAUAUCCUGGUGUGUCUUUGUGGAUCCUUCCACUUCCCAUCCCAGUGCAGUAAAAUAGAUUUGUUAGAUAAGCAGACUGAGAAGCUUGGAGCAUUAUACACGCAUUGUAUGUUACAUUAAAUUGUGGAUUUCCUUGAUAGAUCUGCCAUGAGAUUUUGUCACGCUACGGAGUGCCCAUUAAUAAGGGGCAAACCGGUAUCGCGUAGUCUAGCAAUGUCUCAAAUUAAGAGUGAUUACAGAAAAUGAAUAGUUUGGACGUUCUGUUAUAUGAUCCGUUUUAAUGAACACCCCUUAGCAUCAUUCCACUUUUUUGCUGACUUGCAUUUUACAUUUUUCAGGGAACUACAGUUGAAAAUAUCUGCUCAGAAAUUCGAUAUUUGCCAUCAGUCAAGACCAUAUCCAGAGAGAGACAGCUUGUAGUUUUGUGUGACACCUCUUACUCAGCAGAAAAAGCAAUUGAUGUUGCUAUAGUAAGUGGCUUUUCUUUUUUUUUUUUCUUGGUGUACUUUAAAUUAACGAGCAAACAUUAGGUGGAUAUCAUUUGUAAAGGUCCCUCAGAAGUUAGUUUGCAGACAUUUCUGGAAAGAAGAAAAUGACAGAUAAACAGCUCAUCAACAAAAUCCAAUGGUUUGUAAAGCAACCUCUGUGAAUAGGAACACUGAGUAUCUGCGGUGGAAUGCCAGCAGUUCUACAUCCUGCCCCAAAUGUUUUAGAAAAAUUGGUUGAUUUAUAACAAAUCUAUAUUUUUAGUUUCCGUAAGGGACCACCUCUAAAUGUGAAACUUAGCAUGGGUCGAGCAGAACCAAAUCCUAACUCCUUUUCGCAAAUGAAUUUAUCCUCUGCCGUUCAGACUAGUAACUGACAAACACAGACUCCAGGGAACAUACUGCAAACUAAAUUCACAUGUUCGUACAAGUGUCAUAUCCUUCUGCUGAAGCCUUUAGUCUACUGAAUAUUACCGUAGGCAAGCAAUACAUGAAAUAACACUGAUGCAUCCUAAUUAUUUUUUUUAGGCAUUUAUCUCCCAAACGGAUAAUCAAGAUCAUAGUCUUAUUCAAAAUGCUGCCAACACCAUUGUAAAUGCCAUUAGUAAACGGCAGAACAGCACGCUCAUGUUGGCCAUCAGAGAGAUGAAGGUUGAAACUCUUGUUGUAGGAAGCUCCAAUUCAGGUAUUUGUUGUUUUUUAUAUUGUUUUUAUUUAAUAUCCAUUUUUAUUAUUGCGGUCUGUGUAAUAUAUGUUGACCUGCAUUUGGUCUAUCUUUCUAUGUCCAUGUCUUUAACCACAAGCCACCGAGUGUGUGUUACAGGCAGCACACUGAAAUAGUUCAGUUUGGUGCCCAUAUAUAACCCCUGCAUACAUAGCAUUGUGUAUCUUCCUCUGUAUUAUCUGGAGAAAGCUCUCAUUUUAAGAGCUGGGCUUUAAAGUCUGAAUGGCUGCAUUGCUUUCUUGAAUUGUUCACCGAAUCCUCACAAUAGGACAUGCACUAAUAUUGUGUUAACAGAGGAGACUUGUAGGUCACUCUACAUAAACACCUUCCUCCCUAGAAGUGUUCUCCAGAUGUAAGUGAUACAUAGUUCUUUUAUGCGGGGUUUAAAUGGAACCAAACCGUUAACUAUUCCAGUGCACUGCUUGCAAAACUCAUGUCACACUAAGCCCAUCGUGCUUUUCACAUGACACCAGUCAUACCUUCCAAUACUAGGCCAGGAUUAAACACUGAUCACUCCACUCCGAGCAAUAUCUGUAUGCUUACACAUAAUAAAAGGAACUGACUACAUCCACCCCUGUAGUACUGAGAGGCUUCUCAUUUAAAAUGGCAGUCUUCCUGCAGGAGACACAGUAUUAGGAAAACAAGGUUCUCUGCAUUUGGAACCACACGUUCCCACUACCAUGAUUCACCAGCACCAAACACACUGCGCUUUCAGUUCUUUUCAACAAUUUGUGUGGUCACUGAAAAAUGUGAUUUCUGCGGAAGGAUGUAUGUUAUGUGUAUACAAAAUAAUGAAAUACAAUAGUGUUCCUUUAACAAAAACUGUGCUCUGUAGUGUUAAUGUGAUCUAUUCCUUGUGCUGGCAAGCCGUUAAUUAACCUAGUGUAGCUGCAGACUGGAGCACCUCCUCACUAGUAAACAUGAAGUUAAUUUUUUAGGAAUUGAGGAGAGCUGUGCCAUGCAUUGCGUAAUAUUUAAAGGUGGGCAGCUACGCACAUAGCCACUCGCUCCAUUUUUAAGGCACACACAGCUCAGUAUAUUUAAAUAAAUCUUUUAGUUCUUGCAUGUGUAUAUCUCGCUUUAGCGGACUCUGCCAUCUACAAAACAAAGAAAUGGUAAAGUCCAUUUAAUUCAUUAAGCUUUCUGUUUCCAGCCUGUACAUUUGUGUAUAUCUAAUAAUAUUUUAUUUCUUUAUUUUACAGAAUAUCUUGUUCCAGUUCUCUGUGCAGUUUUUAGUAUCGUGUGGAUUACCUGUAUCAUCAUCUGUGUUUGGUGGAUGAGGAAAAGGAGAAAAGAGAGAGAAAGACGAAGAGCUCAAGAAGUAGAAGCCAAUAACCAACGGGAGCCUUUAAAUCCCAUCAGGAACUUUGAAGUUCCAAACAAUAACAGAGACAUUCAGUAUGAAUGUAAAAGUUUUCUUUACAGUAAAAGAACUUCUAGUGAAGAGGAGGAGAAAGAGGAUGAACUGGAGGGCGAGGUGCUGGAAGACAAAUACACCUCCCAAUCAUGCUCAAAAACUUUCACAAUGAAAGGGGAUGUUGACUACUCAAAAUGUUCCCCUGUAAAGAAACCACAUCGGACAAGUCAUGACAAAGUGGAUAACAGAUGUGUUAAAAAUGUGAAUACAUCCCACUGAAGGAAAACGCACCCUAAUCUCUGUACAGAGAGAGGACAUUGUGCCUGUGAGAAUCGAGAGAGACAGAAUUCAUCUCUGAUGCAUUCACCCUUCUGCCGGUGGAGGGUCCGAUGGUGGUGGUUGCGUAGAGAAGCUAGCAAGACCCCCUUCCAGCAGCAGAAUGGUUUAGGACUAAAAAUCUGGAGUCUGUUAAUGUCUUUAUAUUGUGUAAGAAAUGUUAUAAUUUUCUAUUUGUUUGCAUAGUCUUUCUAUAAAUUAUUUGUGAACGAUAAACCUCUUUGAUAGUUGCUAUUUUUAUAGUUUGCUUAGAAAAAAACUCUCUCCUUUUUAAAAAAGCCAAGAGGACAUAAAAGGUUGAUCUGUAUUUUCAUUAUAUAAUGUAAAGUGUAAUGCAUAAGACUGUACAUUUGUUUACAUAAAUGUAUUUUCAUUUUUACUAUUGGCUUAUAAUUUAAGUAGUGUGUCUAAAGUGUCCUGGUUGAGGAAAAUAUUUAAUUUUAUUUUUUUUCUGUGACAAACACUCCUUUUCGCCCAUUUGAAAAAAAUGUAUUUGGCAUCUCGGUAGAUAAUGUGCACGCAAAUCACCCUUCACUUGCAUUGUCAUUCACACAUUCAUUCGUGUAUUUGCAAAUUUGCCUUAGAAAUCUUAAAAUGACGAAGUAUAACCAGAUCUCUGAACGGUGGCUUAAAAUGUGGCCUUUUUAUUGUUUGUGGGUUGGUUUUUUUAUGUUAGGAUUGCAGUAUUGAUGUAUGUGACAAGUGCCUUGAGAUUAAACUUUUCUAUAGCAACUGUCAAAGACUUACCCUUCUGCUUUAAUAUAAAAGCAGAGCUUUAAGGGCCUCUUCAAAGUAAACAUUGUUUAUUUUCUAAGUGUGAACGUACAUUUUGUAAAUAUGUAAAUAUUAAAUGAAUCGCUAUGUAUAUUUGAUUUAUAAACGUACACCAUUUGAAACUUUGUUCUUGAUAUGCCAUUCCUUUUUAAUUUAUGUUGCAGAAAAGAGGUUUUAGGACUGAAAAAAAUCUCAAA